GGCUUUGGGCGGAGUUUGGAGAGACGCGCGGUUAGUUUUAGUUUGUGUUGGUUGGACCGAGAGGAGGAGGAGGAGGAGGAAGACUACUAGGAGGAGGAGGAGGAUUGGGGGGGGGGGAGGAGGCGACGGCUGUCAUUUUUUUUUUCAUUUGUACCAACGGGCACGUUUCUCGGGAGCAAAUCCAGGCGAGUGAAGCUGUCCUACAGGCUCCAUCAGCAGGCAUCUUAUCAGACGGUGUGUCCGCUGGGGAGCUGAACUUUGGUGGUGACAAGCGAUGAAGACGUUCCGAUUUUGAAGAAGAAAUCUGAAAAUCCCGCUUUUGUGCCUAUAUUCAAAGCCAACUCAAAGACUUAGCCUAUGUGUCUCUACUGCAGAUAAUAUGCAGAGAGAAAUCUUUAUAUUUGCUCAUUUCUGUUUUGCCAUCAUCGAGGAAGAAGCAAAGACAUGUCAGUGAGUCAACAGCUGGAGAAGAGGAAACACGACGGAUCUCGAUCAGCGUCCAUCCUCUCGUCAUAGCUGAAGUAUGGGCUGUAUUCAUGCGCCCAUCCAUUCAGUAAUUUAGCAAGAAACUGCACAGGAAAGGAUAAAUCCACUGCACGGCCGCCUCUGGCACUGCUGAGACAGAGAGGGAGAUCCUUCACCGGUCGAAAAAUCCAGCGGUGAGUGAGGGGCGAGCCGCCUUGAACGAUGUUUCACUAGAAACACACCAGAAAGCCUUCCCCCUCGACCUGGGCUGUGCAGUAACACAAGCCAGAACCUCUUUAUGUUGUUGUUUAAAGAUGGAGUCCACGCAGAGCCUCACUGUUCAUAGUUAAUACAUUUGGGACUGUUCAAAGGGGGACGUGAGUUUAAAACAAAAGAGAGAAGAGGAGGGCAAGGGGAGAGGAAAACCAAGACAAGAGAGGGAAGUGAGCGAGCAGAAGAGGAGCUGUGGCUACUGGUGGAUAACGCGGAUCUACCCCGGGGCUCAUACAUGGAAGAAGGGAAGGAGAGGUGGAAUGUGGCUACACCGUCACCCUCUGCGCUGAGUGGGUGAGGGCAGUGUCAGGCAGUCUGGGUACAACCGGUGGUCGUUGAACUCCCGGGUGUGUUUUAAUGAGGUUGUUGUUGUUGCUGGUGGUGGUGAAAACCGGUUUUUGAUGCGCGAGAAAGUGACGCGCCGCCCUCCCACCUUCCCGCCCUUUACCACCAGCCUCUCGUCAACUCAACGCUCAAGCUAGCCAAAUACCUAUAAAAACCUCACUCUCACCUGUUUUUCUUUAUACAAUUCUAACGUCUCUCUGUUGAGCCUCUCUUUUACCAAAUCUAUAUUAAGGAAACUUAAAGGGUGAAUCUGACAGAGAAGUAAGUAAAACGCUUAAGUCAAACAGGAGCCGCCUAUAUGAAGAUGCUGAUGUGUGACCGCGGCGUCCAGAUGCUCGUGACGACGGUGGGCGCGUUCGCCGCCUUCAGCCUCAUGACCAUCGCCGUCGGUACUGACUACUGGCUGUACUCGCGCGGGGUCUGCCGCGUGAAGAGCAGUGGCGACAACGACACGAGCCGCAAGAACGAGGAGGUGAUGACGCACUCCGGCCUCUGGCGAACCUGCUGUCUGGAAGGUACGUGAUCAGUCUGACUGACUGACCGACUGUCUAUUUCUCUCUCUCUCUCUCUCUCUCUCUUUCUGUGUGUGUGUGUGUGAGUUGUGUGUUAGGAUGAGAGUUCUUUCUCUAUCUCCCUAUCUCUCCUUUUCUCUCUCUCUCUGUUGUCCAUAUGUGACUUUUUAUUCUCUUCACACACACACACACACACACACACACACACACACACACAUCUCGUUUUCCUAGUGCCUGCCUCUGUCUGUCUAACACCAGGAGAACUCUGGCAGUGUUCCCAGUUUGAGUGAGAAAGUGUGUGAGAGUGUAUCCUAUAAUCCCCCAAACACAAUUCUUCAGAAGUUGUCCUUCCCUGAGUUCACAGUUGCCUCUGUUUCUCUGCAACGUAAUGAAAUAGAAUAUUAAUUAAUGUGAUCUUGCUGUAAACACAUUACAUAGCUGAGGGCACAAAUAAAGCACUAACAGGCACAAACACAGACAGCUGGCAGCGUCAUUAGUCCGUCUUCUGCAACUCUAUCUAGUUCCUGGAUCUGCAUGCUUUUUCUGGGAACUCUUAUGAUGUUUGAAAUAGCCCUUGAAUUUUUUGAAGCUACAGUAUCUUGUCUUAUGGUAACAGACUAGAAAACAUAAAUUCUGUGGGAGCCUAGAGUGGCCCUGGUUCAUACUGAUAUUGGGUGUGCAUUUGGCAACUAAAAAGCUAAAGAAGGGUUUAAAGGGUUUUAGUAAAAGCUACAGAAAUAUACCCUGAUUUAUUCAUUGAUGCCAUUAUAGGAAGAUGGGUAUUCACUUAUGAUUCAUGUCCUGCUCAAGACUGCAGCCUAUUUAAAGCGACCACUGCAAAAGUGAAGGCCUACAGUGGAAUAAUGUUGGAUCUUUAUGUAAACAGUGGAUAUUUUUGAAUAAAAUGCUUGACAAAGAGACUCUGUUUGAAUUAGAUAAGCUAGCUUCAUAAUUUUGGACAAACAUUGAUCUUUCUUUACAUGGCCAGGAUCAAAAUCACCCAGAGACCAACUACAGGGACUACCUUUAAAUUUAUUUAAAGUUCCUGUAAGCAACUUUAUGUUUGUGUCAGUCUUUGUGCCCCCUUUGGACCAAAGAGAACCUCUUACCUGUUAAAAAAAAAUCAAUCUAUCAGAUGGCUAACUUACCUUACAGCAGAAUUGUGUGGUGUCCCACAAGACACCAUGCCAGGCCCUCUUUUAUUUUACAUCUUUGCUCUUCUUCUGUCCUUGGCAUGUAAAGGUUGAGUUUCAUGACACAAGUUGCUUUUGCUCAGUGAAAUGGGUCAUUCACUGAGAAUAUUUUAGAAAGGUGAAACAAAGUCGUUUCCUCAAAGUGCUGUUAAUUGUCAAGUCUGAUGCAUGUACACAGUUGUAGGCUUAAAAAAUUAUUUCAUAUUUAUUUUCUAUUCCUAUCACUGAUGGUUUUGUUUGUCUCUGUAGUGUAGAUCAUAAAGUACAAUCACUGUUGAUGUCAGUCUCUUACAGUCAAAAACUCCUCAUAGUGAUUUUAGUGCUAUACAUGGACCUUGAGAAGCAUGAAGACCCCCAUCAGCUACGAAUAAUUCCACUUACAGAAUUAAAACAAACCCAAACUGACAAAAAUGACAGAAAACAGUUUCAUAUUGAUGCAAGGGUGUAAAGAUUCACUAAUCUAAAUCGUUGGCCAAUGAUGACUGUAAAGAUCCGAUUGCACCAUUCUCACCUGGAGAACCAUUUUCAACUCAAUUCCUAUCCUCACGUCUUGACAAAGAAAUAUCAAAACCACUUAGCAACAGUGGUAAGACAAACUCAACAGGCAGUUUCCUAAGCUGAUUGAAUUCCACUUUGCAUUAAUCGGUGGGCAGUUAAACCAUCAAGGAGUAUUUUUGAGCCUUGGAUUUCAAUUUUGCUCAGUUUGCAUGCUUACAUUUAUCUCAGCUUUCCCUGAAGAUUUCCCUGUUGACUGUUGGAUGGUGCUGGGGUACCAUAAAUCUGAUUAAAAUGUGUCUGUUUGUGUGAUCAAUAUAUGAAAUCACCUAUCUCUGUGUGCCCAACUUGUGGACCCCUAAAAAAGACUUAGAACAAGACUUGUUUGCAACAGUUAACUGAUACCUGGUCACUGUGUUCUGUAUAGACUUGAAAAACUAAUUUGCAGUAUUGUGUUUUUUCAUCUCAUGUUAAUGUCUACAGUCACACCUUAUUUUUUUAGCUUCAGCAGAGCUGCCAUCUAAAGCAGAGUCAUUAUACUGACAAUCUCACUCUGUCUUUUGCUCAUUAAGCACACAGACACAGUUAUUUAAUUUAAGAGCUUAAGAUUGACAGGCUGUUUAAGCAGAGGGGAAGUGCUGGAGUCAGACUGAGGGAAAAAAGAUGUUCAGUGUAACAGUGUGUUUGAUUAACAACAUCCUGCUUGUCUUUCAGGAUCCAAAUGAGCACCAUCGUUUACACACAUUUCUACAUUUCAACUUAUGAGGCUUGAUCUACUAAGAUCCAAAAUAAGGAGCGCUAAAUUGCGUGUUGCGGAGUCAUCUACUAUCACUGCAUGCGCAAUUGAUAACAGGUGUAAAAGUGGUGCGGACUGCCCUCUUUGAACAAGGAUUUUGCAUGCGCUGUAGGCUAUCACCAUGAAGAGUUUGUGAAAGCAGAGUAGCCAUAAAAGAAAAAAAUUAAGGUUGAAGCCAUGGAGUUGCACUUAUCGUUUUGGGGAACUGCAUAAAAGGCAAAACAAGUUAAUUUGUAUAGCACAUUUUAUACACAAAGCAAUUCAAAGUGCUUUACAGAUGCAAGAAAAUAUAUUAGAAAUCAAAAAAGGGAUCAAAACAUGUUUGACCUAAUUAUUUAUGAAAACCGUUAUUUACCAGAAAAACGUAAUAAAUCACAACAUUUAGACAAGGAGCUCUGCAGCACCAAGCCUGCAUCUCCAAGACUCGACAGGACCCCAAGGCCUGCCCUGUUUUAUGUCAUUUACUGCAUCCUGAGUGCAUGGGAACUGGACAUACUUGCCCAUCUUGAGUGACAUAGCAUUCAACACUUGGGACAGCACACCAGAAAAACUACUCUAGGAGACGCACUAACUGUGAUGGUGUGCUGGAAUGAUCCAGAAAGGGAAAUGCUGUGUUACAAGGAGUUUUUCAAUAGGAGAUGCGGUAUGGAUCAUAUUUUUGUCUGACUCCAAAUCAGCUCUUAGGUUACCCAGCAGUUCAAAAAUGACAUUACUGUUACUAUGUCUCUACUAUUCUUUAUGUCUGACAGUCCAAAUAUGUUGACACACACAUGGAAGACUCUUUCUCUCUCUCCGUCGUAUAUCAUUGCACUUCUGUCUCUCUCUUCCCACAAUGACCAUAGCCAUUUAUGUGUAACACUGUGCCAGUUUGCACUUGCUAGAAGCAAAACAGUUUAUAAGACAGUGUUUUAUAAACACUGGUAUUGAGGAGUUUGUUGCUGUUCUUUUUUGUAUCUUCGAAAAAGACACUUACCAUUCAUUUUAUAAUGAUGCAAUACAAUGUAAUUGAUUAGAUACAGUGUGGUACAAUAUAGAUAAUACAAUGCAUUGCAGUUUAAUGUAAUAUGACAUGAUACAAUAACAACCUAACACGAAAUGAUACAACAUGACAUGAAACAAUACCAUAGUUGUAGAAUAGAACAGUUAUAUGACCAAACAUCAUAAUGUCUGAUGAAUGUAAAGGCCCUGUUAGAGAAUAGAGGAGGACUGAGCCACCAGGGCUGACACUGGAAAUCAAGACAAAAUGAGACAAAUUAUAGAGGAAAUCUGCGCCAACAGCAUAGUACUGUAUUACACAAGCUUAAAUGCAAUACAAUGUCAUACAAAUAUUUCUGCCCAAAUUGUCUUUAAUCCACCCAAAAUGUUACUGCCUUUGUGUGUGUGUGUGUGUGUGUGCGUGCGUGUGUGAGUGUAUGUGUGUGUUGAAGCUCUGACAGGAUAAAAUUGGUAUUGGUUCUCACAAUUACCCCAUCAAAGCCUUGAUUGCACAGAAAUGGUAAAAAUUGGUGAUCUUUGAAAACUGUUAGACCUCAACACUGUGAAGAUCUGCAACGUCAUGAAUUUGUAAAACGUUUACCUUAGUCUACCCUAGAAAAGGUCAGGAGAUUAUUAACUCCUUCAUAGACUGACAUCUCUGUGAAAUAUGGAAAUAUGAUUGUAUCCUGUUUAUAUUGGAUGGGGUUUUGUUGUCACUGUGCAUCUUUCCUGUUGAGAAUCAUGUACGUUGCACUGACAAUUAUAACUGAAUGUUUUGACAGAAUUUUGGGUGCAAAUCCAGGUUACACAGCAUGAAGGCUGGUUCACAGAAAAAGCAAAGUCAAACCCGUCAGAUAAGAGACAUCCCAUACAGAUUAGAUGGCACACAUAGUACAGUUUUUACAUCUUUUAACAAGCAAGGGGCAUUCAUGGUAAAUAGAGAUUUUGUGUGUGGUCAAUUUUCAAAUUGCAACGCCCGAAAAAAAAUAAACUCUUUAGAGGCACAGUAUAGAAAUGGGGACAUUUAGGGGCAUCUAGGAGUCACAUCCUAAACUGAAGCAUUCCCGUGCGACAUAGUACAUUUGAUGUACUAUCUCUGUAAAACUUAAAAACUCUUAAUUCUUAGAAAAGAAAUUGAUGCAAGAAAUCACACAUCAGCUCUUCUAUUUUUAUGCUGUAUCAUUAAAAUUGAAGGACUUGAGCUCUUUUACAGCUUUUACAGAUUUCAUCACAGGCUGCAGAUCUGGCAAGUCAUUCAGUCGUUUCAAGCUACUAUAUAACAUCCUUUAUAAGGUUAAACUUGGGUAUAUAUUUGUGAGGUUUCAAAACAUUGUCUCUCACCUUUUAGCUCAGUAGUAUUUAUUUCAUGCACACUCAUGAUCAAGACCGCUCAUUUGGCCCCACAUACCCCCCUCCACCUACUCCUCCUCCUGCUCUUCUUUUUCAACCUGUAGCUGAUAAUUUGUACUGCUGUUGCUCAAGGUGUUGAGGAUAUGGCAGAACAUCAUUAAUCUUAGCAGGAUCUGGAUCUGGAUCUGGAUCUGGACCUGCAACUUCCACAUCCUCCCAGUUUUUAUUUCAUGAUGAUCCUGGCUGCUUAUGAUGAAGUCAAAGUGAGAGCUGUUUGAGGGGAGGGCCUGCACCCCCUUUCUGCUGUUAAGGCAGAGAGGAAAGGUUUGUUUCCUUCAAGGUAUAGGGAGUAAUGGAGGCAACACACCAGGCAGCACAGUAAUCGUUCUGUCUCUAUUAUCACAUUUUUAUUAUCAUGGGGAGCCAUAAUCAUAAUUGAAAUUAAAAUGUGCUUAAGCACUCAUCUGGAGAUACACUUGAGAUCAUAUUUAGUCAGACUUUUGGUACCAAAUUUGAGGGAUUUUAGGGUAAAGAUGCAGCAGGUAGCACUGUGAGUUGCAGAUUUAGCAUUUAAUUCAACAUUGAUACCACUUUCUGACUAGUUCUUUUAAUUAUUCUUAAAAGAGAAAGCAUUUCUACAAAAAUCUAAUCUAACCUUUUAUUGACUGAAAUUAGACUAUAAUGUUUUGACUUUUUGUGGAUUGAACCAGACUCAAAAAAGGACUCAAAUGUGGCAUAAAACAACAAGGAUUUUCACCUAAAGACCAACAGUGUCUGCCUAAAUUAACACUGUUUCUUAAAUGUUUACUUUCAUACAUGUCUGUCAGAACAAAGUCUUUGCUCAUAACAACCACUCCCUUCUUCUUCUUUUCCCUCAACCCGGUGAACUUUUGGUGGAUUUCAUGGCCACUGACUAUCUAAAAAACUGCAUAUGCACAUUCACUUUGACUGUUCUGUGCGAUUGUAGAAACAUAGCAGAGCUCAGUAGUGGCAUCUGGGGACCUGACCGGCUCCUAUACAGGGCUCAGUUUAGGUUAACAGAAACCAACUGUUAUUCAGGUGAUAAAAGAUCAAUGUAAACACUCUUAUAAAUAUUAAAUUACAGUUUUAACAAAUCUGUUUGAUUGAACGCUGCUAAUUUCUCCAUACUGUACCUCUAUUAUUAGGCUAACAGCCAUAUAUUAAUAAUCGUACUCUUUUCCCCAUCAUUCAUUGUGCCAUGAAACAUAACUCACAUAACUCACUAAAUGAUUUGACUUUGAUCCUCUGAAAAUACUCUGCAUCAAGAAGUUUGUUUUCAAUUACCAUAAAAAAGAAACAUUGCCUGAAGUGGAAGCAUGAGUGUGUGUGUGUGUGUGUGUGUGUGUGUGUGUGUGUGUGUGUGUGUGUGUGUGUGUGUGUGUGUGUGUGUGUGCGUGUGUGUGUGUAGCCAGACAUAACCAUCUCAUUCUGGGGGGCAUAGAAGCCUAUUACAGGGCCAGAUGGCGCAGGUAUAAGCUUUAUUGAACACAAACUCUCAUUUACAUGCACACACACACACACAGACUUAUAAUUGAAUGAAUAAAUAGACAAAUUCUAGGAUAUUCCCAAGCCACCAAAUAAGCAGAGCUGCAGGAGCAGCACGCCAAGUUAUCACAAUGUCAUCACAAUGUCAGAGCAUGCACAUACAUGUGUUGCAUACUUGUGUUGCCUGUGCACAUGCACAGGCAACACAAGCCGUUGCACACAUAUUGACACAUUCAAGAAAAUUAGUUCUCUUUUCUCAUUCUGCACAUCUUAUCCCUCCUUUGCUCGUUCCAUGUCCCUGCUUGUCACAGUUUCAUAAUUCAUAAACGCCUCAUAAAGUGACAGGAAAUGGAUGUCUCUGACUCGUACAUGUGGCUCGACAUCUGAGAGCAGCAGAGAGAGAGAUGGAGCGAAGAGGAGGGUUGGAAAACAUCAUGUAUACAGUAAAAUGUGCAGAGCAUGUAUCGAGCAGUCAUGCAUAUGUAGGGCUCUAUUUUCGUGCCUCGCCGGAGAUGUGCCGCAGGCGCGGCGUAAGUGGGGUCCGCCGCGCCGACAAGGCGUUCCCAAGCACAAAUUGGUAUUUUGGUGAGUGGCGCAGCCUGGCAUAAGUAUCCCCUUCCCUGACUCAGCUCCUCCCAGCGGCGUAAGUCGUAGCGAAGGAGGAGAGAGGGCGUGGAGUGGGUUUAACACAGCCGAGACCUGUAUUGACCAAUAACAUAAGCUCCUCUCCUCGCCUUUAAAUCCGCCACCGGAGAGGCGUAUUACUAUUUUCGUGAGGUAGUCAAAGAGAUCAAGAGAUGUCUGAAGACAGUAAUGCCACACGAUGGCAACAAAAGGCAGCCCCUCAACAAGUGUUGCUGCAGAGGGCGUCCUCCACACUCUCUCAUAUGAGCACAGAUGGAUUUGGUGUAUGUUAUGUUGGACCCACUAGUAAGACAAACACCCUUUCCACAAAUAAAGACACUCACAUAAAGUUGCAUAUAUUUAAACCUCACGUGACAAAGGUGGGUUGAGCACACAGAUCACAACAUAAACUCCAAAAAUGGCAUUAAAAUCAGAACCAUCUGUGCGUAAAUGAUGCAUCGCGUUCCGUGGCCUGGCUCUUUCUUUCAUAAAUGUUGGUAUGUAAAAUAAAUUUGGCUUACAUAACUGAAUAUUAUGAUAUUCGUAUGUAGGCUUAAAGUAAAUAACUCAUCUGAUCACUGAAACAAAUCAUCUGUUCAGCCGCAGCAGCUGCAGCUGCAGCAGGAUGGGGAGAGGACACGGAGACGUGUCCAGGUUUGGCUGCACGAGAAAUAGGAGGAAGAAAGAAGAGGAGGGAGACAAAUAACAUAUCUUGUUAACUUCAUCAUGUGUGUCUAUUUACUAGAUAUUUAAUUUAAUUUAAUGCGGUUUAAGCUGUGUUGAUUCGGCCAGGUUGUGUGUCCAAACAUGUGCCAAACGAGCUUAUCAGAUCAGACAUAGAUUAGAAUAUAUCCAUAGAUCUAAAUGUAUGUGCUGACUCAGAUUAUUAGUUGUUGUUGAUUAUUUUUUGCACUGAAAUGUGCCUGAAACUGUGGAAAACUGCCAAUGAGGCAUCGGUGACGUAUGCCGAUACACCGCCGGUCUACCAAAAUACUACUAGACCAGCUGCGCUCUGCCUGCGCUGAAAGCUGACCAGGUUUCAAUCAGCGAGCUUUCAGCGCAGUAUAUACGCCGGUGGCGAGCACGAAAAUGUCACUGCGCACGCUGAAUCUUUCGACACCUCCCCCUGCCACACCACCACGCCCAGCUUGGCGGAUCUCGGUGCGCCUCAGUCCACGAAAAUACAAAACUGGCUGUACGCCGGGCUCCGCCAGACGAAAAUACAACUGCGCGGGGUCUGCCACCCUCCGCCACCUCACCAGCGUACACAAAAAUAGAGCCCGUAGUGUGCAGCAUAUAUCAUGCAGCUAUUUAGAGAAGAAAAGUUUCUUUAGCUACGAUAAUGGGGAGGAUAUACACCUCAAAAUCAUCCUUUGAAAAAUGUAAAGACUUCUGUUGCAUAAAACAUUAUUUAAAGAUUGCAAAAAGUCAAAAGAUUAAGAUUUCAGUUUUAUGUGGUGCAAUUUAUUUUGAUCUCUAACUACUCUUUUCCCCUUCUCUAUUCUCACUUGUGUACAGAAACAUGCAUUCAAACAGAAAUGAACUGUAAGAAUAGUGCUGAAGUCUUGGCAGGUUUGAUCGCAAUCUACAGUUUGACCACUGUCUUAGGAAGAUUCUCUCUAUUGGACAGCCUGAAAGUCCCGAAAGUUUUCUGAUAUCUUAGGAAGCAAAAAGCCUCAAAUCAGCUGUUUUUCUGCAAAAAAUGACAAAACUGCAUCACUUGACCCAUCUGCAAAAAGUCUGCUAGAUAUUUAAGCCUUUUUUGAGGAUUCAAUACCACAAGCUACCAUCAAUUUCCAGGAAGAUUUGCUGAAAAGUUUGAUGUGCUUUAGAGAAGUAAUACAAAAAGGACAAUCACAGUACAAUAAGGAAGGUCACUGUCAACUAUCUUUUUUUUCUUUUUUAAAACUAUUUUAACAUUUAGGAAUAGCAUUUACCUGUACCAAGAAUUUCCCAUUUACUUCACCAUACAUGCAGGUAAACUAAUUUCCAAGAUUUUUGUUGACUUGUGUACACUGAUGUCGAUUAUUAUUGUCACAUAGUUAUCGAAUUCAAAGUAGUCCGUGUUUGGGUGUUAUUGAGAAUAAUAUGUUAAUUUUUCAUUCAACUUUCUCAAAUGAACCCGAUAGUGCAGUGCACCUGAAAUUGUAUCUGAACAAUUUCACACUCAGACUCAGACUCAGACUUUUUAUUGUCAUUGUAUGAGGCAUACAACGAAAUUAAAACAGCUCGGAGUGGUGUUUUCCUAAGUGGAGUAAUAAAAAAUAGAAUAAAAUAUGAAAUAAAAUAGUACAAAAUAAAAAUAGAAAACAGUGCAGCGUCAGUACAAUGUAAAGGUAGUGCAAAUCACAUGACAUCAUGUAGCAGCGGUGGGGGGGGGGGGUUUGUGUGUGGGUGGUCAGUUUGGAGAGCAGAGAGGGGAGGAGGUGUAUGUGUGUGUUCAGUGUAGUGACUGUAUGAGGGAAGAAGCUGUUCCUGAGUCUGUUUGUUCUUGUUUUGAUCGACCUGUAGCAUCUGCCCGAGGGCAGCAGAUCAAACAGGUGAAAGGCAGGGUGGGUGCAGUCUGUGAUGAUUGCCUGAGCUCUGCUCAGGCAGCGGGAGGUGUGGAUGUCCCUCAGGGAGGGGAGGGGACAGGCGAUGAUCCUCUCUUCUGUCCUCACCACCCUCUGGAGCCCCUGCCGCUCUGCCUCAGUGCAGUGGGAGAACCACACUGUGUUGCAGUGCAUCAGGACACUCUGGAUGUGUAGAAGGUUCUCAGCAGCUCCUCUCCAGCAUUGUUCUUCCUGAGCACUCUCAGGAAGUACAGGCGCUGCUGGGCCUUUUUGAUGACAGCUCUGGUGUUCUCAGUCCAAGAGAGGUUGGCUGAGAUGAUGGUGCCCAGGAGCUUGAAGCUGUGGACCCUCUCUACCCAGUCACCAUUUAUGCUGAGGGGGGGGCAGCUCAGAUCUGUGCCUCCUGAAGUCCACAAUGAUCUCUUUUGUCUUUGUGGUGUUUAAAAUCAGGUUGUCAGUCUGACACCACACAGACAGAUUCCGGACUUCAUCCCUAUAGACAGACCCGUCUCCACCUGUGAUCAGCCCCACCACCGUGGUGAACUUUGCUAUGGUGUUGGAAGCGUGAAGAGGUUUGCAGUUGGCGGUGUAGAGGGUGAAGAGCUGUGGGAUCAACACACAGCCUUGUGGGGAGCCAGUGCUCAGUGUACGGGUGGAGGACAGAUGGGUUCCGACAGUGAGUUUGCUGACCAGGAUGUCGGGGAUGAUUGUGUUGAAGGCUGAGCCUAAGUCCACAAAGAGCACCCUGGCAUAGGUGUCUGUGUUCCAGAUGGCUCAGCACGGAGUGAAGGAUGAGGGAUAUGGUAUCCUCAGUCGAUCUGUUUGCUUUGUAGGCAAACUGGUGGGGACCGAAGGAGGGGGGGAGACAGUCUGUGAUAUGGGAGAGGACCAGCCGUUCCAGACACUUUGUGAUGACCGGUGUAAGGGCCACUGGAUGGUAGUCAUUUAGAUAGGUGACGUGGGAUUUCUUGGGCACCGGGAUGAUGGUGGUGGACUUCAGACAGGCGGGGAUGGUGGCUUGAGACAGGGAGAGGUUGAAGAUGUUGGUGAAGACCUGGGAGAGCUGGUUUGCACAUGCCCUGAGAACUUUCCCAGGAACACCGUCUGGUCCAGCUGCCUUCCUGGGGUUCACUCUGGCGAGCAUCCGUGCCACCUCCUGUGCCUGCACAGUCAGUGGAUCGUGGAUCGGGGCUGACUGGGUCAGGGGGGUGCAGCUGGGGGCUGCAGGGCUGUGGACUCAAAGCGUGCAAAGAAAGUGUUCAGCUCUUCUGCUAGUGCGGUGCUCCAGUCCACGGCUGAGCUGGUUUGUCCCCUGAAGUUGGUCAGGGGACAAUUCUUCAACAGAACAUAAAAUCCUCGUCUUAAAUUAUUAGUCAAGACACUUCCUCCCCAGAACUUCAUUGCAGCAGCUGCAGAGCACAGUUUGAGCUUGUCGUCGAAGCUCUUUCCUCAUUUCUCCUUCGAUGUUUAUUUUACAUGCAGAAAUCUGAGGAGACAUGAGAUGAUAUUCUCAACCGAGUAGUCUGAGCCUGCCAGUGGAGCCCCUGUGAGGACUUUUUCACUGGUUGUGGAACAGACUAAAUUUGAUAUUGGUGCCUGUCCAUGACAAAAGCAAAAUGAGACACUCAACAACAUUUGAAGUUGUAAUUUUGAACGCCUGUAACAGCUGAGAGAGGUAGGUGUCAGACCAGAUGAUUGGCAGCAGGCUGAAGAAACAGCCUAUUUUACAUUUUCCACUGCUAAUGUUCACAAUGAGUGACUGAUAUGACAGAGACAGCAUUUUAUAACUAGACACUACUGCCUUGGCAUGUAAAGGACAACAUCAGUGAGAAAAUGAUGAACCUUUACCUAUGGGGCUCCAACACUGACAGUUCAGACAGCUUUAAAAGAACCACCUAAUUGAGAAGAAACAUUUAUGCAAGCUAUCCAACUCUAAAUUUGGACAAAAAUUGUUUUCAUUUUCAUUGUUACUUCAUAUUGCUUUCAAGUUACGUAUAGACUGAUUAAUCAGCUGGCCAGUUAAUUAGGCCAAUUGAUGGCAUUUUCACACAGGUGGCAUAAUAUCAGCAUUGGCUCUCUCAAGGCGGAAAUCACUAUUAUCUUUCCAAAAUAAAAACAUAUUUUCCCAUCCCAAAUGACAGCAAAUCAAAUCUAAAACAAUAUUGUGUUAAAUAUAAAUUCUGUCAUGAUGUGAGGGACAAUGAGGUUUAAUAGUUUCUGAAAUUGAAGUCAUUUCGUUGACAAAAAUUAAAAAAAUCCCUUGUGAUUAUACAUUAUUGAGACAUAUAUUGUUUCCUCUGAAUGUAUUUAAUAAAAUUUUGCUCAAGUUUAGCAUUUUUUUUAAUCAUUUAUAAGUUUUGUUAAAAUGUUGUAUUAAUAUUGUUGCAGUAACACAGCAGCAAUUUGAUAUCAGCUUAAUAUGACACCAUCUGCUGACCUGAUUUCUCAUAUUCAGUAUCAGCAUCAGCCACUGAAAAACGUGUUUUUUUGAGUCUCAGGCGUUCCUGAUAACCAGUAUCUUUAUUGGCCCUAAAAUCAGCUAGUCCCCCACACCAUGAUUAUCAUGGCCAUAAGAAUUAAAAUAUCUUUGUUUUUACAUUUCUUAGUAAAGAUAUUAGGUUUAAAGGUGUUGGUUAUUGCUACUAGUUUUAAAGCUUUUGUUAAAACCAAAUCUUAAUGGGUUCUGUGUUACACUAAGUGUAGAGCAUUUAAACAAGUCUUUUUUUUUUCUCUCUGACAUCAUGGUUCUGCAUCAACUGUGUGUGUUGUUAGGAUGAGAUUUCUUGUAUGCAGCAAAUCUGUUGUGUAUCUGUGCAGGUGCACCACAGUGUUAAUCUCUUACCUUGAUAAAUGAGCAUGAAAGAGUGAGGAAAUGAGAAAAAAAGGAAGAAGAGAGGGGGGAUGUAAAAGGAUGGAGACGGAGCAUGAAUGAAAAGAGAGCAGAAUGUGCAUGGGAGAAGCGGGGAAGGAUGUGGGGGUGGUGGUUUGAGAGUGAUGGAUGAGCUGUGCAUGGCCUCUGUUUCAGGUGAAUCUCUGGGGAGUGUUUGACCGCGCCGGGGAUCUAAAUGAUCACCUGGUAAUAGAGAGCAGGGACAGGGUUUUAAAAGCAGAUGGGGGCAAAAAUAACCACCCAGGUGGGCUCAGGAGGAGGGAAAAUGGGAAAGAUGAGAAAAGUGGGGAAAGUACUGAAGGACAGGGAUCAGUAGGGAAAGAAAGAGUGGAAAUGGGGUGACAGUAGGAGUAUGGAAUAAAAUGGUCAGUCUGGACUUACACAUUAGAUGGCCAAAAGUAUUAAUACUGCCUUGAACAAGCUGCUCUUAAAUAAAGGAAAGAAGCUUUGUUAUUUUAUAAAUAACAUUUGUAGCACACCAGUCAUGAAUCCACGUGGUGGUGUGGCAGGGGGAGGUGUCGACAGAAUCAGCGGGCGCAGUGACAUUUUUGUGCUCGCCACCGACGUAUAAAGUGCGCUGAAAGCUCGCCGAUUCAAACCUGGUCAGCUUUCAGCGCAGGCGGAACGCAGCUGGUCUAGUAGUAUUUUGGUAGACCGGCAGCGUAUCGGCAUACGUCACCGAUGCCUCACCAGCAGUUUUCCACAGUUUCAGGCACAUUUCAGUGCAAUAAAUAAUCAUCAACAACUAAUAAUCUGAGUCAGCACAUACAUUUAGAUCUAUAUAGAUAUAUUCUGAUCUAUAUCUGAUCUGAUGAGCGCGUUUGACACGCGUUUGGACACACAACCCGACCGAAUCAACACAGCUGAAACCGCAUUAAAUUAAAUUAAAUAUCUAGUAAAUAGACAAACAUGAUGAAGUUAACAAGAUAUGGAAUUCGUCUCCCUGCUUUUCUCUCUCGAAAAAGUCCCGACCUGGACAUGUCUCCAUGUCCUCUCCCCUUCCUGCUGCAGCUGCGGCGGCUGAACAGAUGAUUUGUUUCAGUGAUCAGAUGAGUUAUUUACUUUAAGCCUACAUACUGUAUGAAUGUUAUGAUAUUCAGUUUUGUGAGCCAAAUUUAUUGUAUAUGCCAACAUCUAUGAAAGAAAGGCCACCGAGCGUGAUGCGUCAUUACACACAGAUGGUUCCGAUUUUAAUACCAUUUUUGGAGUUUAUGUUGUGAUCUGUGCGCACAACCCACCUUUGUCACGUGAGGUUUGAAUAUAUGCAAGGGUGUUUGUCUUACCAGUGGGUCCAAACUUACACACACCAAAUCCAUCUGUGCUCAUAUGAGAGAGUGUGAAGGACGCCCAAUGCAGUGCUUACAGUAACAUUUGUUGAGGGGCUGCCUUCUGUCGCCAUCGUGUGGCAUUACUGAAUUCAGACAUCUCUUGAUCUCUUUGACUACUUCAUGAAGAUUGUAAUACGCCUUGCCUGUGGCGGUUUUAAAGGCGAGGAGAGUAGCUGAUGUUAUUGGUCAAUACAGGUCUCGGCUGUGUUAAACCCACUCCGACGAGGCAUGAAAAAUAGAGCCCAAAGUAUCUUGUCCUUUAAGCGUAAUCAAUUGAAUAUAGGUUGACAAGGAUUUGCAGAUCAUUGUAUUCUGUUUUUAUUUACGUUUAUCACAAUUUCCCAACUUUAAUGGAAUUGGGUUACUAUACAAAGGGCUCUAUUUUCGGGCUUCACUGGAGACGUGGCGCAGCGUAAGUCGGGUCCGCGGCGCCGACAUGGCGUUCCCAAGCACAAUUUGGUAUUUUGGUGAGCGGCGCAGCCCGGCGUAAGUAUCCCCCCUCCCUAACUCAGCUCCUCCCAGCGGCAUACGUUGUAGCGAGGGAGGAGGGCGUGGAGUGGGUUUAACACAGCCGAGACCUGUAUUGACCAAAAUCAUCAGCUCCUCUCCUCGCCUUUAAAUCCGCCACCGGCGAGGCGUAUUCCAAUUUUAGUGAAGUAGUCAAAGAGAUCAAGAGGUGUCUGAAUACAGUAAUGCCACACGAUGGCGACAGAGAGCAGCCCCUCAACAAGUGUCGCUGUAAACGCUGCAGAGGGCGUCCUCCACACUCUCUCAUAUAAGCACAGAUGGAUUCUGUGUGUGUAAGUUUGGACCCACUGGUAAGACAAACACCCUUUUCCACAAAUAAAGACACUCACAAUAGGUUGCACAUAUUCAAACCUAAUGCAACAAAGGUGGGUUGUGCGCAGAGAUCACAUCAUAAAUUCCAAUAACGGCAUUAAAAUCUGAACCAUCUGUGCGUAAAGGACGCAUCGCGCUCUGUGGCCUGGUUCUUUCUUUCAUAGAUGUUGGCUUAUAAAAUAUAUUUGGCCCACAAAACUGAAUAUCAUAAUAUUUGUAUGUAGGCUUAAAGUAAAUAACUCAUCUGAUCACUGAAACAAAUCAGGGAGAGGACACGGAGACAUGUACAGGAUCGAGCUGUGUGAGAAAUAAGAGGUAGAGAGAAAAGCAGGGAGACGAAUUCCAUAUCUUGUUAACUUCAUCAUGUUUGUCUAUUUACUAGAUAUCUAAUUUAAUUUAAUGGGGUUUCAGCUGUGUUGAUUCGGUCAGGUUGUGUGUCCAAACGCGUGUCAAACGCGCUCAUCAGAUCAGAUGUAGAUCAGAAUAUAUCUAUAUAGAUCUAAAUGUAUGUGCUGACUCAGAUUAUUAGUUGUUGAUGAUUAUUUUUUGCACUGAAAUGUGCCUGACACUGUGGAAACCUUUUGGUGAGGCAUCGGUGACGUAUGCCGAUACGCCACUGGUCUACCAAAAUACCACUAGACCAGCUGCGUUCCGCCUGCGCUGAAAGCUGACCAGGUUUGAAUCGGCGAGCUUUCAGUGCACUUUAUACGCCACUGGUGAGCAUGAAAAUGUCACUGCACCAGCUGAUUCUGUUGACACCUCCCUCUGCCACGCCACCAUGCCCAGCUUGGCGGACCUCAGUGCACAUCAGUCCACAAAAAUACCAAACUGGCUGUACACUGGGCUCCGCCAGACGAAAAUACCACUGUGCGGGGCCCGCCACCCUCCACCGCCUCACCGGCGGACACGAAAAUAGAGCCCAAAGAGUGUUGUGUGGCUGUCAUUGCUGGAGGUUGAACCACCAGCAACCUCUUCCACCACCUAAAGAUGAAACACACCAAGCUCUAUUAUGAGAGCCAAAAGAUGCCUGGUGCAUCCGCUGCACAAAAAACUAAAGCUGCAGCAGUUCCUCUCAUACAAAAGAGCUCGGCAGAGUCUUUCGCCAAAGGUAUGCCAUAUGAUAAAAAAUCGCCAGACUGGUCUGGCAUUUUGUUUGCAUUUUUUAUGGAAGGUCUACCAUCAUUUUUGUAAGGAAAACGAACAAAUGUGACAGUAUUGUUAUUUUUAACCAUUAAUUGAAUUUACAGGGGGAAAAAACAUACUGUGAUAUAUACUGUUAUUGUGAUAUGAAAUUACUCAUACAGUGAUGUAAGAAUUUGUCCAUACCGCCCAACACUGCCUGUGAUUACUAAUACAGACACAGUAAAUUGUAGGUUUUUGUGUUCAGUAACCCAAGGCAUCCAUCUGUCAUGACGGCAACUUGUUUACAUUGGUAAUGUUACAGCUUCACAUGCAUCUUCAUCUUCAUCUUCAGAUAUGCUCUGUAUUCAGAAGUGUGGGCGGGCAAUAUUUGACAUUAAUGUUGCCACCGUACCAUUGAGUAUCUUUCAGCAGAUUUUAAGUUUGAUUUUAAAAUUGCUGAUAGAGGUGCAGUUCUUGAUACCAUGCCACCUCAAUAGGCAAACAAGAAAAAGUGGUUGUUUCGGCUGGUUGGCAGCUACUGAUUUAUCAAGGACACCUCCUGUUUACAAAAACCACAAUGUGUCCACACUUAAGACUCCCCAUCAUGGUAUUGCUUGUGCAUGCCAAGAACAUUGCUAAAUGGGGGAAUAACAAAAAGAGGCAAAAAAGAGGCACCAUGUUAAUUGGAGUCAGUUUCAUAACCAGCUAAUAAUUUCUCACAGGAGCUCUGAAACUACACUGUGUGCACAAUUAUUAGGCAAGUUGUAUUUUUGAGGAUAAAUUUUAUUUCUGAACAACUGCAGUGCUCUUGGUCAAUCCAAAAUGUUGAUAAACCUCAAACCUUAAUAUUUAAGGGCGUAAAAGUGAGAUUUUGGCUUCCUUAGGAGAAUAUCUAUGUGUGCACAAUUAUUGGGGGCAGCUUUUAGUGUGCAGAAUUAUUAUGCAACUAAAUUAAAAAUGAAAAAUUUUCCAUCUCACUUGUUUAUUUUCACUUGUUAAAGUGAGAAUGAUAAACAAACAACUCAAUUUACAAAUAAAAAUUGUUGAAAUUUAAAAAAAAAAAAAUCUGUGACCAAUAUAGCCACCCUUCUUUUCAAUAACAGUCAUAAGCCUUCCAUUCAUGGAGUCUUUCAGUUUCUUGAUCUGUUGACGAUCAACUUUUUGUGUUGCAGUAACCAAAGCCUUCCAGACACUGUUCCAGACACUGUUCAGAGAGGUGUACUGUCUUCCUUCACUGUAAAUUUCCCGUUUAAGAAGGGCUCACAAGUUCUCAACAGGGUUUAGGUCAGGUGAAGAAGGAGGCCAUGUCAUUAUUAUUUCGUUUUUAAGGCCUUUACUGGCGAGCCACGUAGUGGAGUACUUUGUUGCAUGCAAUGGAGCAUUGUCCUGCAUAAAAAUCAGUUUUCUUGAAAGAUGCAGACUUUUGCCUGUACCACUGCUUGAAGAAAGUGUCUUCUAAAAACUGGCAGUAGGUUUGGGAGUUGAUUUUAAGUCCAUCUUCAACUCGAAAAGGUCCAGCUAGCUCAUCUUUAAUAAUACCAGCCCAUACCAGUACCCCGCCUCCACCUUGCUGGUGUCUGAUUCGAAGUGGAGCUCUGUGCCCAUUACUGAUCCAGCCACGGGUCCAUCCAUCUGGUCCGUGAAGAGUCACUCUCAUCCCAUCAGUCCAUAAAACCUUUGAAAAAUCUCUCUUUAGAUAUCUCUUGGCCCAGUCUUGACGUUUCAACUUGUGUCUUGUUCAGUGGUGGUCGGGUUUCAGCCUUCCUUACUUUGGCCAUGUCUCUUAGCACCGAUCAUCUUGUACUUCUGGGCACUCCAGGUAGGUUGCAGUUCUGGAAUAUGACAGCACCGGAGGGUAAGCGAUUCCUGGUAGCUUUACGUUUGAGUCUUCUCAAAUCUUUGGCAGUUAAUUUGCGUCUUUUUUUCUUAACACAUUUCUUGCGACCCUGUUGACUAUUUGCAUCAAAAUGUUUGCUGGUUCUGUGAUCACACCCAAAUAUCUAAGCAAUUUCAAGAGUGCUGCAUCCCUCUGAAAGACUUUUUACAAUUUUUGACUUUUCAGAGUCAUUUAAAUCUCUUUUUUGGCCCAUUUUACCUGAGGAAAAGAAGCUGCCUAAUAAUUAUGCACACCUUGAUAUAGGGUUUUGAUCUCCUUAGGCCCCAGCCUCCCUCAUUACACUAAUACACAUUACCUGAUAUGCUUAUAUCCAAUAAAUAUUCAAGUUUAUAUAGCUUGGAGUUGGAAAAUCUGCAUAAAAAUGAUGAUAUGAUCAAAAUACUCACUUGCCUAAUAAUUGUGCACACAGUGUAUAUAAAGUGGAUGUCAGAAUUUCUUAACAAGCAUAAUUUUAUUUCAGAUGUUCAUUGCUUUUAUUGGCUAUAGCUUCAAGGCAUUUUGGUCUGAGCCUGCUCACAGAUUCAAGGAGAAUUUGAAUACAAGAUCAGAGGUUUUAGACUGAUUUUCCAUUGUAAACCAGUCUGGUGAUGGCAGGAACCCAGAACACAAAGAAAGACUACACCUUUGGGUUGGACUGAAACUGGGCCAGAGUCAGCUUAUUUUGUGGAUAAUUUGCACAGCAGAGUGGAGGCCGCAUAUAAACAUAUGUAGUUCUGGAAAGCAAUACAGAUGAAAUACUUCUGGUUCUACGUUAGCAUGGCAAAGACUUGUAGCUGGAUGCCAGAAACAAGCAUGUAGGGAAGAUGAAAAGGAAACUGAAAAGGAUCAAUAGAAUCAUUGGGAAUGAAGAAAAGGAGGUAAAGUGAGGUGAUGAGAAGAUUUGAAACAGGGACAAAGAAAUGUUCUACAGACAGAAAGAAGAGGAAAAGAUCACGGCAUUUGAGGAAGAACAGAUUGGGGGGGUGGGGGUGGGGGGUGCAACCAAGCAAAACCUGUCUCGUUCUCUUUCAUCAGCCAUCACCGUGGAAACUAGCCUCUUCCUCUCUUUCCCUCUUCUUAUUUCCCUCACUCACAUCCUCACUCUCCUUUGCCUGGAAAGAGGUAAUCAGAGAGAGUGAGUGAGGUAGGUACAGAGCGGGAGAGAGAGGAAGAGGCACAGUCACCCACACCAAGCUGUCAGAGGCACUCUGAGGAAACAAGCAGUCCAAUUUGCUCCGCUUUUCAACUUCCCUUUCCCUUCUCUGGUUUGCUCCCUCCUCUUUAUCUCCUCAGUUUCCUACUGGACAAAAGGCUUUACAUUCUCAGUGUGUUGGUGUGUGCAUAUGGCUGGGUUUAGAGGGGGCACUGGAAUGCAGCUUUUGGAUGACACAUUACGGACAGCUCUCCAAGGAGCAUGACUGUCUGCUACACUAUGGGCUCUAUUUUAGUCCGCCGGUGAGGCGGCGGAGGGUGGCAGACCCCGCGCAGUGGUAUUUUUGUCUGGCUGAGCCCAGUGUACAGCCGGUUUGGUAUUUUCGUGGACUGAGGCGCACCGAGGUCCGCCAAGCUGGGCGUGGUGGCGUGGCAGAGGGAGGUGUCGACAGAAUCAGCUGGCGCAGUGACAUUUUCGUGCUUGCCCGUGGCGUAUAAAGUGCACUGAAAGCUGGCCGAUUCAAACCUGGUCAGCUUUCAGCGCAGGCGGAGUGCAGCUGGUCUAGUGGUAUUUUGGUAGACCAGCGGCGUAUCGGCAUACGUCACCGAUGCCUCACCGCAGGUUUACACAGUGUCACAUUUCAGUGCAAUAAAUAAUCAACAACAACUAAUAUUCUGUGUCAGCACAUACAUUUAGAUCUAUUUAGAUAUAUUCUGAUCUAUAUCUGGUCUGAUGAGCGCGUUUGGCACGCGUUUGGACACACAACCUGACCGAAUCAACACAGCUAAAACUGCAUUAAAUUAAAUUAAAUUAAAUAUCUAGUAAAUAGACAAACAUGAUGAAGUGAACAAGAUAUGUAAUUCGUCUCCCUCCUUCUCUUUCUUCCUCUUAUUUCCCGCACAGCUCGAACUGGAUAUGUCUCCAUGUCCUCUCCCAGUCCUGCUGCAGCUGCGGCAGCUGAACAGAUGAUUUGUUUCAGUGAUCAGAUGAGUUAUUUACUUUAAGCCUACAUACGAAUAUUAUAAUAUUCAGUUUUGUGAGCCAAAUUUAUUUUACAUGCCAACAUCUAUGAAAGAAAGAGCCCAGGUGGUUCCGAUUUUAAUGCCAUUUUUGGAGUUUAUGUUGUGAUCUGUGUGCACAACCCACCUUUGUCACGUGAGGUUUGAAUAUAUGCAACUUUAUGUGAGUGUCUUUAUUUGUGGAAAGGGUGUUUGUCUUACUAGUGGGUCCAAACUUACACACACCAAAUCCAUCUGUGCUCAUAUGAGAGAGUGUGAAGGACGCCCAAUGCAGCGCUUACAGUGACACUUGUUGAGGAGCUGCCUUCUGUCGCCAUCGUGGUACUUACUGUAUUCAGACACCUCUUGAUCUCUUUGACUACUUCAUGAAAAUUGUAAUCCGCCUCGCUGGUGGCGGAUUUAAAGGUGAGGAGAGGAGCUUAUGUGAUUGGUCAAUACAGGUCUCGGCUGUGUUAAACUCACUUCACGCCCUCUCUCCUCCCUCGCUACAACUUACGCCGUUGGGAGGAGCUGAGUUAGGGAGGGGGGAUACUUACACCAGGCUGCGCCGCUCACCUAAAUACCAAAUUGUGCUUGGGAACGCCUCACCGGCGCGGCGGACCUCGCAUGCGCCACAUCUCCAGCGAGGCACGAAAAUAGAGCCCUAUGUCUGCAGUGCUAGUUAAAUGGUCAAAUGCUUCUAUAACAAAGAUUCAAAUUUACUGGGAUUGACCAGCUCUCUAAUAGUCCCAAAAUCGCAAAGAUGCUGUUAUGAUACUUGAAAAUUGGUUGGGGUGGGUACUAGGGCUGAAACGAUUACUCGAGUAACUCGAGUAACUCGAUUAAUAAAAUUCCUCGAGGCAAAUUAUAUGCCUCGAGGAAUCGUUUAAAUCCGGAACCAUGUGCAGCGCACGGUGUUUGACACGGACGGUUAUUUCUGUUGCGCAGCAGCGUGCUCUUUCCGCUCCUUCCGCUGCCGCGCGUUUCAUAGACAUAAUAAAAGGGUAGACCCCGCUGGGGGUGCUGCGCAGCGAGAAAUGCGGCCGCCAUCUUGGUCAGGUCAAGCUUCCCAUACGCUCCGGUCAAUCAUAUUCAUUCAUUCAGCGAAGCCGGAGCACUGUGCGGCGUAUUCCUGUGCCAACAGGCGGACAGCAGAGAACAGGGCUCAAGAAAUAACUUUUCACAGUUAUGAUUAAACGUUUUUUAAACAUUACACUUGACUGUAGAGUCAUUUGUAGGCCAAAGAGGAAGACUAUCUGUCAACUCCAAAAAGGAAACAGCAUUUGCGAACAGCUAGCUUAUUCACAAUAAUAGCAACUUUGGUCGAUUAUUAACAGAUUUGCAUUAGAUUGAAAAACUUUUGUUUGAGAGAGGUUCUAAGAAACGUUAAGAAAUAAAAUAGAAAGAAAAAGGAAGAAAGUGAGCUCUGUUUUAUUAUCUGUUUUAUUAAAGAUUUCUUUGUGGUGAUCUCCUGUUUCAUUUUGAAGAUUUCCUAAGGACAAAAACUUGAGGAAGAAGUGGGAGAUUGCUGUUAGAGGGAGAAAUUCGCAGCAAGUGAUUCCUCUGUGCUGUGUAGCCAACAAGCAAAUUGAUAUGUAGUUUCGAUGCUGUCCUGUCAUGCUGUUCUUGUGUUUAAAUCUUUUUGAUAUGUAGGCUAUAUAUUUGUGUGUAUUUUCCAGUUAUUAAAAUAGUGCUUCUAUAUGACAUUAUUUGUGUGUGUCUACAAAUGGAUAAAUAAAAUUAAACUAUAUAAAAAAUUAUAAUCAAAUCAAUAUAUAUUGAAUUGGCCUAUUAAUACCGCCAGUUAUUAAUAAUUAUUGAGACAUAGCAGGAACCUAGCUCUAAACCUAAAUAUAUCCUUGAUUAAUUGUUACACUAUAAUACAGCCACUGCUGCCAUGUUCUAAAAUAUCAUUUUAUUCAUUCUGAGUAUUUGAAAACGCCAAAAAAAAAUAUGGCCUCUAUCAUGCCUCUUUGAAUGGCGUUUGCAGGGAAGAAAAUAACGUAGUAUUGAGCGAACUAUGAUUCAUUAAUGCGCUCAGACUUCAUUCCGCCGGUUAAACAGCGGUGCAGAGUGAGGCGGAUGACCGGACCAAGAUGGCGGCCGCAUUUCUCGACAGCGCCCAUUCGUGGUAGCGGCCGAUGCGGGGUCUAUCUUUUAUUAUGUCUAUGGCGCGUUUGGUUCAAUCAUGGAGGGAAACGAGGACAGACAGAGAGAGGGAGAAAGAGAUGACACGCAGAGGAAACGGCAGAAAGUGUCUAAAGUGUGGGACCAUUACACACUGAAAAGGAAAGAAAACGCCGUGCAGUGCGUUCACUGUAAGGCGGAGUUGGCGUUUCACAACAGCACGUCGUCAAUGCUGCAGCACCUUAAAAGAAAACACCCGGUCCAUGCAUUAAGUCCGCUCUGAGGCAAACGUGAUUCAAUGCAAAGUAUUACAGUGAGAGCAAAACAUUUCUUAUCCGAUUACUCGAUUAAUCGACAGAUUAAUCGAUAGAGUACUCGAUUACUAAAAUAAUCGAUAGCUGCAGCCCUAGUGGGUACUUGAUACCAAUUCUAUCCUGAAACACACACCUUAUUUAAGGUUUAAGUCUCAGCAGAUGAGUUUUGAGACUUUGACUAAUGCUGGUGUUUGUUUUGGAAGAACUCCAUUUUCAACCCUGACACCCCUCUCCCCCAAUAAAGGUGGUCCUUUCACCUCCCCUGGUUCCAGCUUGGUACCAGUUCCAUAUUUCUAAGCUUGGUGAAUUAUGUAAGGGAUCAAGGGAGCUGCUUCUCCAAGCACUCAAGAAGUCCAUCAGAACUUGGUUGGAGGGACAAAACGGACAGCCACAUAGAUACCAAAAUGCAAGAAAAGUGGGUGAAGAAUUUGUCAGACAGGGUCCUCACUCAGCCGGAAAAGGAAGUCCUUUACAAAGGACUUAAUUUUGCAGUUACCCCUGAACAGAUCCCGGUGGUAGACCUUAUCACAGCCACGGAGUCAGCGAUCCGCAACAACAAUCUGGCGGUCACGGAGGCAGAACAACUUAGGCUGAAGGUAACAGCUGCUCUCUCAAAUGCCAAAACACCUCCUUCCAACUUGACCAUGCAGGAAAGAAGAGCCUUGGCAUCACUGCAAAAAGAUGAAAACAUCACCAUCCUGCCUGCAGAUAAGGGGAGAUUCACUGUGGUACUCAACACCAGGGAUUACCAUGACAAGGUAACAAGCCUUCUCAGUGACACUGCCACCUAUGAAACUCUUAAACGGGAUCCCACCAACAGCUACAAAAAAAAAGUUAUCAGUGCACUUCAACAGCUCGAAAAGGAUGGAGUUAUCGACCGCCCACUCUAUUACCGACUGUACCCAGGGGAAGCUGUCCCGUGCAUUUAUGGAUUACCAAAAAUACACAAGGAAGGGGCGCCCCUUAGACCUAUCAUCAGCAGCAUUAACUCAGUCACAUACAAAGUGGCAAAACAUUUGGCCACCAUCCUAGCUCCUCUUGUCGGCCACACCACUCACCACGUCAGAAACUCACAGGACUUUGCUGAGAAAAUCAAGGACAUCAGGUUGGACCCAGAUGAAACCAUGGUUUCCUAUGAUGUCACAUCACUUUUCACAAGUAUUCCAACAACAGAGGCAGUCCAAGCAGUAAGACAACGCCUCUCACAGGACAGCACACUGGAAGUCAGAACCAACUUAACUCCGGACCACAUCUGCUCCUUAUUGGACAUCUGCCUCAGCACCACCUAUUUCCAGUUCAGAGAGCGCCAUUACAGACAGAAACACGGAUGCGCGAUGGGCUCCCCGGUUUCUCCUAUAGUGGCAAACCUGUACAUGGAAGAGGUAGAGAGGAAGGCCCUAACCUCUUUCAAGGGAGCUGCUCCUAGCCACUGGUUCAGAUAUGUGGAUGACACCUGGGUUAAGAUCAAAACACAUGAAGUAGAGGCCUUCACUGACCAUAUCAACACAGUGGACAGCAACAUCAAGUUCACCCGUGAAGAUGUCAAGGACAAAGUGUUGGCCUUUUUGGACUGUGCUGUACACUUGGAGGCAGAUGGGUGUCUCAACGUUGAAGUGUACAGGAAACCAACACACACGGAUCAAUAUCUACUUUUUGAUUCCCACCAUCCUCUGCAGCACAAACUGGGUGUCAUCAGAACACUCAACCACCGGGCCGAGAACAUUCCCACGAAGAAAGAAGGUAAGGAAAAGGAACAAAAGCACAUCAAAAAUGCCCUGACAACCUGUGGAUACCCUAAGUGGGCCUUUGUGAAGAACAGAAAGAGAAAUAACACUGAACAGGAAAGGGAGGAGAGACGCAAGAGCACUGUAAUCCCUUACGUUGCAGGCCUGUCUGAGAAACUCAAGAGGAUCUUUGGCAAACACCACAUUCCUGUUCAUUUCAAGCCUGGUAACACACUAAGGCAGAGGCUAGUCCAUCCCAAGGACAAAACACCGAGACAUAAACAGAGUAAUGUGGUAUAUGCUGUCCAGUGCAGCGAGGAAUGCUCAGACCUGUACAUUGGGGAAACUAAACAACCGCUUCACAAGCGCAUGGCUCAACACAGGAGAGCCACUUCCUCAGGUCAGGACUCAGCUGUCCACCUUCACUUGAAGGAUACAGGUCACUCUUUUGAGGACAGCGAUGUACAGGUGUUGGCUCGAGAAGACAGAUGGUUUGAAAGAGGAGUUAAAGAAGCCAUCUUUACCAGGCUGGAGAAACCUUCUCUGAACAGAGGGGGUGGACUCAGGCACAAUCUCUCUGGCACUUACAAUGCAGUUCUCAGCUCUCUCCCCAGAAAGCUCCACAAACAUUCACACCUGGAACCACAUGACUCAGGUGGCAUGAGUCAUGUGGUCACAUGAUUGGAGUCGCUAACGACCCUUUCAGGAUAGCGACUUGGGGGGGACACACAGAGAGAUGGGUUUCUACGACCCAUUCUUUUCAACUCAAGCCAGUCGUUAACUGUCCCCCUUCUCCAGUAAGAUAAAUAUCUGCUCCUGACACUAGCACUUUUAGAACUGAAGAAGCUUCUUGGAUAAGAGGCGAAACAUCUUCUUAACUCUACACAGUCCAGUUGCCUGUUUUUAAGUCUUCAAGGUAAGGGAGGUUCUGCAAGUGGUUUGACCAGAAGUCUGUUUGAGUCACAGCCUUACCAAUAUGGUGACCACCAAAGCUGUGCUUCACCUACAAAUGGGUGACGUCACCAUGCUAUCGCUGUUUAUGAUACAGUCUAUGACCUAAGAAAGUGGUUUCUGAGGUCAUAGACUCAGUAAUAAACCUCCAAACACCCACAGUUUCACAUUCCAGUGCGGCUUGCCCUUGUUUUGCAUCUGAUUGCCAAAAUGAACUGUCAGCAUCUCUACUUUUUGCUUUGCAGUGCUUUGCUCUGCUGUGCACUUUUGUCCUGAUGAUGCUUGUCUGUCCUCAGAUGAUGAUCUGGGAGGAUGCUUCUAGGGAGAGUAUUUAUGAGUUGAUAUAAGACAGUCAGAAGCAAGUUUCACAGUUCAAACCUAGCUUACUACAAGCAAAAGGUUAAAAAAAAGUGAGAGCAAUCAAGGACAAACAGCUGACACCUCAUGGCCAGCUCUCAACACAGGUUUUAAGAAUAAGAAUAAGAAGAACUUUAUUAAUCCCUGUAGGGAAAUUCAAUUGUCUGUUGUCUCACAUAAUAUGUCUCUAAAAGUUAUAAAAGCCUGAUUGUUGGUACAGAAAAUCUUCUGUCCUUCAGCGAAGAGAGGGCAUCUGGCGUGUGUGUGUGUUUGUGUGUUGCUGUCCCUUUUACCCUUGAUUUGAGGCAUUAUUGGUUUAACUGUUUAGUAUGCAGUUGCAGUAUUCUGUCACUUUUUCUUAACUCCUUUGCAGGUGUUACUUCCUAAAAAACAUUCAAGAUCAUGCAUAUCUUCAAAACAUAUAUUCAACAUUUAUUUAAGAGGGCAAAGAUGAUAGACCUUAAAAAAAUCUCACUCCCAAAGAAAGAGAAACAAGCAUGGGGAUUUUCACAGCUUUUUGAUUUAUACGACUGCAACUACAUACAACUGGUAAUUUAUUUAUCAAGUGUGGAUGCUCAUUUACAGUAAAGUGUUUGGCCUUGAGUACCCACUGUGUGUGUGCAUGUGUGUGUGUUUGUGUGUGUGUGUGUGUGUGUGUGUGUGUGUGUGUGUGUGUGUGUUUGUGUGUGUGUGUGUGUGCGUGCGUGCCUGCGUGUUUCACCAGUUUUUCUUUAAAAGAUCAUAGGCUGGUUGUGACACUUGACAUAAGCCAAUAUGACAGCUACUGACUCACACACUGAUACAGCAUAUUAAGGUAGCUGUUCUAAGCUCCCCACAGCUGUGAGGGCCGAGAAAUGUGUGACACGUGCACACCCACCUUUACACACACACAUGCAUGUUUAGUUGUCUAAGUGGGGCAGUGCAGUGUUUGCAGGCUAACAGGUAGACAAAACCUGUGUUAAUCUGUUCAGACAGGACUGAUUCAGAUGUUUCUGUUCCUUUCUGAUUGGGGGUGUUAGGAUCCAUCUGUAGACCGCACUUAAACAACGACAGACUUUCAUACAUCACUGUUGUUUCUUUAUCAUCACCCCCAAAAGAAAGUACUGAAAUGUACCAAUGAGAGUUGGCUGUCAUAAAGUAUUACAUUGUGCAUACUGAUUAUCAGCCUUGGCCAAUUAUCAGCAGAAAUAUUGGCAUUUAGUUGAUCAACUGUAUGAGCCUUCUGUAUGAGCCUGUAUGGUCGAUUAAAGGAGUCUGUUAAAAAGUGUGCCGGAAAUUCGGCUUGUAAAUUUUCUUUUUUUUAAAUCAUGUUUAAAAACAAAAAAACAAACAAAAAAAAUCCCUAGUUAGUUAGUUAGAUCUAGAUAUCUGCUGGAUAGUAUACAGCCUGCCGGAGAAGAACAAGCAUCAGCGAGCGGCAAACGGCAAAUUUGAAAUGAUGGAUGCCAGGUACGUCAACCAAGAGAAGAAACUGCAAUAUUGGAAACGGGGGUCAAAAACAAGUGGCACUGGGUGGAGAAGGCUGGAAAAGAUGGAAAGCCUCACAAUAGCUGGUGCCAAAAACUGAAAGAGCCAGGUGCUUGAAGAGCCAGGUUCGGUAAAGUUGGGAAGAUAUUCAUGGGUUCGGACUUCAGGGAUUAAUUACUCUGAGACGAAAUGUUGUCCAAAUGAUGCCUCUUUCACGUCGUAAUAGCACAGACUACUAGCUACAAGAAUGAAAAAAACGUGUUUUUUUUUUGUGUUUUUUUUUACAAAAACAAGAUCUUCUAACUGGUUGAAUACAAUUGAUCUGUAUGCGCAGCCGGUAGCCGGGCGAGUGCACAGGGACCGUCUGCAAAUUGCAAUACAAGAGCAAGACGCUGCAAACCAAAAUCAAUAGCUCCACUGUUCAGAGACUCCAACAUCACCACACACACCAAGGGUCUCCUCAUGGUCAUACUACAUUAGCUGUUUUGGAGAAAUGUGCCUUCUUAUAAUUACGGUGAUUUUUUAAUAUUAUUAAUAUUUAUUAUCUUCCGAUAUGAAUCAAUAACUCCAUUGUAAUACUACUUCAAGCCCUGUGUGUAGUUCCCCCUAGCAUUCAUUUUGUUAACAAAGAUUAUGAAGGUAAAACAACCCUUUUUCCCAUGAUGAAGGAAAUAUGGUGACCUGCCAAAAUCUUUCACUGCUGUCAAAAAUCUCCUCUGCUUCCUUGCCUCUCUGUUAUAUUUAUUCGUUGAUUUUCCUAAUGCACAGUGACCAACCUAGGCGAUGUUGGCCUUUGUGGUAAUGGUUAACUGUAAAUCACUGAAGAUGCAGCUGAGGGUGCAGUAAACUGAUUGUCUGUCCAGGGGUGUGUCUCUUAACACUAAGUCCCCUUUAAACUAACUAUUUAAGUGGACCUAAAAGUGGACCAAAAGCAAAAGAACUCAGUUCUUUUUGUGUUCACAUUGUUUCUUUCAAAGAGGACCAGGUUCUCUUUCUGGUCUGGUUCAGGUUUGAUGUGGCCUCAGUCCUCUUUCUGUUCACACUAGGUCCUCUGGAGCAUUUUAUCAUGAGUGCAGAAGUACUUCUUCUGUCAGUUUUUUUUUUAUUUUUUAUUUAAACUGUACAGAUGUUUAAUUAUAACCACCCACUUUCAUCCUCUGAAAAUUCUUUAAAUACUUUAACCCUUGGUUCCUUGUAAUUUUAAGCUCCAUCCAGCCUUGUUUGUCCCCAAAACAAGCAUGCAGAUAAGUGUUUUUUAAAACUUUUAAAAAAAGUUUUACUGCAUAUUUGAGAUAUAUACUCACCCAUUGAGCCGAAGAACUGGUGCAUCCUCAUGCAUGUCCAUCUACUUGAAGUGAGGGCAAAGUUGAAAUUGUCUAAAUGUCCCCCUUUCUUAAUCCUUGACUACAGAACUUGGAUGUCGCAUUUUCAACUGUAAAGACUCCGCUCACAGAGCAUGAGGUUAUAAACAUAGAGGCAGAUUUGCGCUGGCACAAUCUGUAUAAUAGUCUAAUAGUCUUAAGUUUACUACAUUCGUUAAGUUUACUUUAAAUCUUGUAUUUACUUAAUUUUGUAAAGUUAUUUAACGUAAAAAUAGAAAGAACAAUAAACUUUGAUUUUUCUGUGUUGCCAAAAGUGUUGCCAACUUAAGUAAGCAAAGUUAGUCCGACUUAACAGUAAUAGAAGGAGUGCUUACCUUUGUUUCAGCCUGGGAAAGGAUCUCUCUUAGUGUCCUUCCAAUUAUUCCCCUUUUUGAUUUGAAGAGCUCAAGGAAACGUGGGAUAUAGUGGUGCAAGGACUCAAAGAAGUGCCACUCUUGUCAGUUCUGCAAAGACCUCAAAGGACAAAACACACCACAAACAAAACAAUUUAGUACCAAGUAAAGGGUUGACCACAAUGUUAUUGGAUAAAACAAUUAAUGGGACAGACAGUUUUGCAUCAUGUAGAAUAUGUCUGUUUUUAUGUCUAGGCAUUGUGUUAAGCUAAGUUAUUGAGUGGGAUUGUGAAGCAUUCCCACUAUAUGUUAUUCAUAUCUUUAUUAUUAUUAUUAUUGAGUGGGAUUGCGAAGCAUUCCAACUAUAUGUUAUUCAUAUCUUUAUUUUUAUUGAGUGGGAUUGUGAAGCACUAUGUGUUAUUCAUAUCUUUAUUAUUCAGUUUCUUCUUAUUCCACCAUUUUUUGAAGCUUAACUACUUCCACAUACUUCAACAUAUUCAAACAAUUCAAACUUCAAAAUAUUCAUCUGAUCAGGAAGAUUCCGACUUGUAUUCAAAAUUUUCCUAACAUUCAUACUUUCUGAGAUAUUCCCGGUUUUCCGACCGAUUUCUCCCAUUAGAAAUGCAUUACGGAAUGUUCAAAACGGCCCUUUUCUCACAUUUUCUUCACACAUCUUCAAAAGCUUAAACUCCCCAAUACUUUCACACAGAAACUUCAUUCAAACUUUAAAACAUUCACACACCUUCAGACAUCCACUCAUUCAUUCACCAUGGCAUUCAUACUUUUCUCACAGUGAAAGUUCAAACAGUCAUGGGAUUUUCUGACCUCUUCAGGUUUUAACAUUAGUGUGUAUUGCAUGGAAUGUUGGCAGCUAGAGUGCGUGACCUCAUCGCUAGAGUGAGAGAGGCUGAAAAUUUAUCCUCAAAACUUUGUCUUUACAAAAGGAUUGUGGCAACUCCCUUCACUCUACACAGAUAAAAUUUGGUACAGUAAUGGCAAAACUUGCUGUCACUCUUCAUCUCAAAAAUCAAAGCCGUAGGACACACACAGUGGCCUGGGCAGACACCAACUUCCACAGACAUCCCCAACAUUUCUCCAGCUUUCUCCAUUGACUCCAAUAUAAACCUGAGAGGAGGAUUUUUAAAGGAAACACAAACUGGACAUGUUUUUAACUUGUUCUAGUGAAGACAUUUUUGGCUCUACAAACAGAAAUUAUAUCAACAUGUUCAGCAGGGUUUUGUGGUUCUCACAAGCUCAUUAUCAUUAAGAUAGCAGUUACAGAGGAUGAGAAUUAGGGCAUAGUUUGAGCAUUGCCUCUAACGAGAGGUGUCCAGAAGGCAUCCUAACCAGAUGCCUGAACCACCUCAGCUGACUCCUCUUGAUGUGGAGGAGCAGCGGUUCUACUCUGAGCGCCUCCCGAGUGUCCAAGCUCCUUACCCCAUCUCUAAGGCUGAGCCCGGCCACCCUGCGAAGGAAACCCAUUUCGGCCACUUGUUCUUUCGGUCAUUACCCACAGUUCAUGGCCAUAGGUGAGAGUCGGCACGUAGAUCGACCGGUCAAUAGAGAGUUUCGCCUUAUGGCUCAGCUCUUUCUUCACCACGACUGAUCAGUGAAGCGUCCGCAUCACUGCUGACGCCGCUCUGAUCCGCCUGUCAAUCUCCCGUUCCAUCCUCACUCGUGAACAAGAUCCCAAGACAUUUGAACUCCUCCACUUGAGGCAGGACUGCCCCUCCGACCUGGAGAGGGCAAUCUACCUUUUUCCGACUGAGGACCAUGGCCUCGGACUUGGAGGUGCUGAUUGGCAUCCCAGCUGCUUCACAUUCGGCCGCGAACCGCCCCAGCAAGAGCUGAAGGUCACUGCUCGAUGAAGCUAGAAGCACCACAUCAUCCGCAAAAAGCAGUGAUGGAUCCUCUGCCUGCUGAACUGGACACCCUCCACCCUCCGGCUGCGCCCAGAAAUUCUGUCCAUAAAGGUUAUGAACAGAACCGGUGACAAAGGGAAGCCCUGGCGAAGUCCAACCCUUACUGGAAACGAGUCCGACUUACAGCCGGCUACACGCACCAAGCCUGUGCUCCUUUGGUAAAGGGAUUGGACGGCCCUUAAUAAGGAACCCUCCACCCUGUACUCCCAGAGCACCCCCCACAGGAUUCCCCUAGGGACCCGGUCGUAGGCCUUCUCCAGGUCCACAAAACACAUGUGGACUGAUUGGGCAAACUCCCAUCUCCCCUCAAGAACCCGAGCGAGGGUGAAAAGCUGAUCCGACCACGACCGGGACGAAACCCUCUUUUCCAGCACCCUGGCGUAAGCAUUCCCGGGUAGGCUGAGGACAUAGACUGUAUAUAAGAUGGACAGAGUCUGCCUCCUCGCUGGGUGAAGCCACUCCGAGAACAGCACCCUCUGAUGGUGGGCUGCAGUACAGGUCAUAAAUCCGGCCUCCGCCAGCAAAGCUAAUGGGACUGUGGACAAACUUUAGAAAUUUAUUACACAGAACAUAAAUUUUUCUCCCCCCUGCUUGUGAUGUUGUCUUAUAGUUACAGUAAGACUGGUUUGUGCCCAAGUCCUUUUUUUUCUGUACAGCUCCGUUUUUAAAAGUUAUUAGGGGGUUCAUGUUUUCUAUGAUUGACACCUGGUAUAGCCUAUGGGCAUUCAGGGAUUGCGUAGCUCUUCCGGGGGAAUACGCUGUUUGACCCGAGCGUCAUCACAGGGACUCUCGGCGACUGCGCGGCCGAAUGCGCACAACGCUACUGCACAGCUCUGGUUUCAAGGAACCCGGAAUUACCGAGAGCUUUUUGGCUUCAAAUCCGUAUACAGGCAGAAGGCGGAACCACGGUGUCCAUCUUAUAUACAGUCUAUGGCUGAGGAGUGUGAUCCCCCUGUAGUUGGAACACACCCUCUGGUCCCCUUUCUUAAAGAUAGGGACCACCUACCCGGUCUGCCACUCCAAAGGCACUGCCCCUGAUUUCCAUGCAAUGUUGUAGAGGCGUGUUAUCCAGGACAGCCCCACCACAUCCAGAGCCUUCAGAUACCCUGGGUGGAUCUCAUCCGCUCCUGGAGCUCCGCUGCCACGGAGUUGUUUUACUACCUCGGUGACUUCUACCCCAGUGAUUGGACAGUCCACCUCCAGGUCCCCUGACACAGUUUCCCCUUGGGAAUGCAUGACAGUAGGAUUGAGGAGCUCCUCAAAGUAUUCCUUCCACUGUCGGACAAUCGACCCAGGUGAUGUCAGCAACUCCUCACCCCCAUCCAGAAUGGUGUGGGUGAGUUGCCGUCUGCCGUCCCUGAGGCACCGGACAGUUUGCCAAAACCAUUUUGGAGCCGACCAAAAGUCUUCCUCCAUGGCCUCACCAAACUCCUCCCAAGCCCAAGUUUUUGCCUCUGCAACUGCCCCCGGCUGCGUACCGCUUAGCCAACCAGUACCAUUCAGCUGAUUCCAGACCCACAGGCCAACCAUGACCUGUAGGCCUCCUUCUUCAGCCUGAUGGCUCCCCUUACCUCUGGUGUCCACCAUCGGGUUCGGGGAUUACCGCCACGACCGGCACCAGCGACCUUGCGGCUGCAGCUCGCAACAGCUGCUUCGACAAUGGCCGAGCGGAACAAAGCCCAUUCGGACUCAAUGUCCCCCUCCGCCCCCGGGACACAGUUGAAGCCUUGUCGGAGGUGGGAGUUGAAAGCCAACCUGACGGGUUCUUCCACCAGGCGUUCCCAACACUAUACGUUUGGGCCUGCCAGGUCUGCGUGGUGGCUUCCCCCGCCACCUGACCCAACUCAUCACCAGGUAGUGAUCAGUUGACAGCUCUGCACCUCUCUUCACCCGAGUGUCCAAGACAUGCAGCCACAGGUCAGCUGAUACAACUACAAAGUCGAUCAUUGACCUACAGCCUAGGCCGUCAUGGUGCCAGGAGCACCGAUGAACAACCUUAUGCUCGAACAUGGUGUUAGUUAUGGACAAACUGCGACUGGCACAGAGGUCCAACAACUGAACACCACUCGAGUUCAGAUCGGGCAGACCAUUCCUCCCAAUCACGCCCCUCCAGGUCUUGCUGUCAUUAACUCACGUGAGCGUUGAAGUCUCCCAGGAGGACAAGGAGGAGUCCCCAGUCGGGGCGCUGUCAAGUGUCCAUCCUAGGGUCUCCAAAAAGGGUGGGUACUUUGAACUGUUAUUCGGUGCAUACGCACAGACAAAAGUCAAGACCCGUUGCCCGACCCGGAGUCACAAGGAAGCAACCCUUUCCUCCAGCCGAGAAAACCCCAGCGUCCCCGCGGCAAGCUUUGGGGCGAGCAAGAAAUCCACCCCGCUCUCCGCCUCUCACCCUGAGCAACGGCAGCAUGGAAGAGUGUCCAACCCCUCUCAAGGACUUGGGUUCCAGAUCCAACGCUGUGCAUAGAGGUGAGCCCGACUAUAUCUAGUCGGUAGCGCUCAACCUCACUCACAAGCUCCAGCUCCUUCCCCGCCAGAGAGGUGACGUUCUGUGUUCCAAGAGCCAGUUUCCACAACCAAAGAUCAGACCGCCAAGGCCCCCGCCUUGGUCCGCCGCACAAUCCGUCAAGCACCAGACCCCUUUAGUUCUUCCUGCGUGUGGUGGGUCCACAGGAGGCAGUGCCCAUGUGCCUCAUUCAGGCUGAGCCUGGCCGGGCCCCAUGGGUGCAGGCCCGGCCACCAGGCACUCGCCAGCGGGCCCCAACCCCGGGCCUGGCUCCAGGGUGCGACCCUGGUGUCCCUCCGGGCUGGGUACACUGUUUCCCUUUGUUGUUUUCCAUGAGGGUCUUCUGAACCAUUCUUAGUCUGACCCUUCGCCUAGGACCAAUCUGCCUUGGGAGACCCUACCAGGGGCAAAAAGCCCCUGACAGCAUAGCCCCUAGGUUCAUUAGAGCACGCAAACUCCUCCACCACGGUAAGGUGACGGUUCUUGGAGGAGAUUAAUCAGUUCUUUCAAACAAAUUCCAACUAGAAAUGAGUUCAAACAGGGCUCCAGAAAUUCAGCUAAUUGAGGUCAUUAUGGGAUGUUUUCAGGAUUUUUAUAUAUUUGAAUGUUCUCCACCUUAAAAUCAUUUUCAUUAUCAAUUCAUUAUCAAUUCAUCAUCUUAUUUUCAAUCAAUCAUUCUCAUUAUUCAAAUUAUCUGUUUUAAAUCGUUUUCACUAUUCAAUUCUUAAAACCAAAUGCAACUCAUUUGAAAUUCAUUCAUUCUUUUUAAUUUUUUAUUUCCACUUUAAUUUUUUUUUUUUUUUUUUUUUUUUUAGUUUGACAGCUGCUUUUUUUUUUAAGCCUUUUUUCUCCUGCUGUAACAAUUUAUUUACCUUCAGCAUGGCAACCGAUUAGCGCAUCCGGAGACACAAAGCUGACUGGGAAGCUGCUUCUCACCCCUUUCCUGCUCUGUGAAGUUUUUGUGGCUGGGUCCGACACAUGACAGCUUGUGUUUUACAGCUGAACAAACAUGCGGCACCAUGGACCGAUUAAAAUUUCUUAGCAAUGUUUUGAACCCUCAAAUUUUCAAAUGACUCUUACUAUUCAUUUCUUAUUCUACAGAAAUUCUAACAUCAACUGUUUCAUCCCAUUCAUACUUGCCUUGUUUCAGACCUAAUUUUCCACGAGGCAGUGGCUUCAGCUUUGAAUUUCCCACAUUGUAAUCAUUCUGACCAUCUAUGCCUCAUUCUGCUCCUUCAUACAAUUUUCUAUUCAUUUAAACAGUUCAAACUUUCAUAUUUCACACAUUUAAACUGAUUGUAAGCAUGUGUCAUUCAUUCAUUCUAUCCUAUAAGUAAAUUAAAACUCCAGAAUUUCAUGUUGUUUCUUUAUUGACAUUGAAUCAGAAAAAAAAUGUGUGGUAUAUGUGACCAUCAGCCUUCGACCCUCUAAGCAUGUCAGGAAAAACUCCCCCAAAAAAUGGAUUUCUCAGGAUAAGAGGAAGAAACCUUUAGAUAGGCCAGGUCUUAGAGGGAUCCCCUACCAGGACGACUGAGCAUGCAGUAUUUUAUAGUUCUAAGCUCAGCAGAGAUCACAUGGCUUCAGGGUCGCUGGUUGCUGGGUUUGGCUCUGUGGCUCAAGUCGAGCUGGUUCUGUGAUGAGUUACACCAAGAGAGAGAGAGAGAGACAACAGUUACACCAGUGUUACAGACAUCAAACUCAAAUCUUAGACAGCUGGUUGUAGUGUGGAAAAGUCAAAGAUUUUGAAGAUGAAACAUACUUGGUUAAGUUCAGCGCUGCUGCUCCCCAGGUCGGAACCCUUUUCUGCCGUAGACUCGGAGCUUGGUUCUAAGAAGCCACAGUCACAAGAUCUGCAGGAUUUUUCUACUUCUUCAGCUCAUGUCGACUUCUGUGAUGUACAGAGAGGAGAGAAGUUUGUAACAUCAGAUGAAGACAAACAAAUGAUGUGACUGCUGAAGACAAAUACAUACCGGUUAAAGGGUUAGUGUGAGCAACAACUUGUCCAAUCCUGGAUCAGAAGUUCUCUCUGCUGAUUGGUCACACGUGGAGAGGGUUUGGUAUCCUGUACAGCACUGGCAGACAAAACUUUUCCAUUCAUUAUCAUUACCUUUAAACCUGUCUAGCAAAUGUCACAAAACUAUUCAUGAUCAAUAAACUGUUCAGUUGACUCACAACAUGCUUGAGUCCUGUUCAAGAUCAAUGGGGGCACCUCUUGUCAGGAUGGUGCUGACAAGAAAACUUUGAGUCUUCCCCCAAACUUUGAGCUACAGAAACCAUCCAGGGCUAAAUAAAUUCAGCUCACUGAGGACAUUAUGGGAUGCAUUCAGGAAUUUUAAUUUUUUUUUUUUUUUUCAAUUAUAAUAUUCAUGCAUUAUUUAAUUAUUCAAACAAAUUACAAAUUAUUCAAACUAAUUUAAACCUUUCUGAUACUUCUAAUACUUUAAAAUUUUUAAUCAUUUUAAUUUCCCCGUUUUCAAUCAUUUUCCGAUUUAUACAUCAUUAUAUUCUUCUAUGAAAUUCCAACUCAUUCAAGCUGAUUCAAACCUUUCUAGUACUUUAAACCUUUCUCAUACUUCAGGAUUUUAAAUCAUUUUAAUUUUCCACACACUGAUUUUUUUUAAACAAUUUAUGCACUUGUCAGUGAAUUUAUCCAAAUUGUUCAAAAAAAUUCAAAGCUUCCUUAAAAUUCAAACAUUCUUAUCUUUCAUAGACUUUCAAAAUUCAGCCAUUCUCAAUAGCAGUUAAGCGAUAGCAAUUUCAAUCAGAGCAAUCUCACUCGCAAUUUCUUCAGAAAUUGAAUUUUCUAGUUAUUAAGUGGAAAUGCUUAAUCAGCAUUUCCACUUAUUGCUAUCCUGUUCUUUAAUAAACUAAUUAAGUGGAAAUGCUGAUUAAGCAUUUUCUCUUGUUCUUUAUUAAACUUAUUAUUAUUCUUCCACCGAUUUUUGCCGUGCUUCUCCUCCUUCAAACUUUGUGCUAUUUCAACCAUUCAAACUUUAAACUAUUCCACUCCUUCAGGACAUUAUUGCUAUUACUUUUUUCCUUUCUACCCUUUCUACUUUUUUUUUUUUUUUUUACUUUUUGUGCCAAAAUUUUAACAUUGAAGUCAAUGGGGAAAUCUUCCAAUUCUUCAUUUUAUUCUUCAACCUUCUGAGCCUUAUUCACCAUACUUUCACCUAGAGACUGAGGCUGCACGAUAUUGGAAAAAAUUAACAUUGCGAUUUUUUUCAACCCUGCGAUAUAUAUUACGACAUUAAAAAUUACAGGAAUUUUCACCAAAUGACCUGAAUAGCACUUAAUGUUAUGCUGCACUGCUGAAAUCUUGAGGACAGUUAACCUGCACUGAUCUUACCUCUUUUUGUGAAUGUUAGUAGAAUGGCCUCUGUCUGUCUCAGAGAUAUUUUUAGCUUUUAUUGUGCUGGGACGUUAUUGUGGCAACAGAUGAACACAGAACGUGUUUUGGUCGACAUUAUCCAUCUUGUAACGGAAAUAAUUCCAGAUAACUGACUUUCCUUUUCUUUUUGGCAACAAGUCUUCAUCUUCUGUGGUUUUCUCUGUUUGUUGCUCAGUUGUUGUUGUUGUUAACGGGGUUGUGCUGAGAAACCCAUGUCCUCCGAGAAUUGCGGGCACCUCACAAAACGCGCACUGCUUAUAAUAGAGUGGUCCACAGAAAUGUACAAUUUAAAACCCAUACAGUUCUUAUUUGUUGGGCUAAACAGUGAUGAGGAAUGUUCCGAAAGUAAUUCUCAGGGGACACGCGUCUCACUCCAUGUGCAGGACAUGUGCAGGGGUGGGUUUCCUCCUCUCUGAUUUUGAUUGACAGCUGGCAGGAUAGUCUGAUUGGCAACUAAGAACUGAGUAUGAUUGGCAAUUGAGUAAAGAACGAGGGUGAUUGGUGGAUCGCUGCACAGCACAUCCAGAGUCACAUGCAGUGUAUCUCAGUCAGUUACCCUUGAAAUUCACCUCCGACAUCGCAGGCUCUGCGAUGUGACUAUUGCACACACGUACAUCGCGAUAACGAUGUUCAAACGAUAUAUCGUGCAGGCCUACAAGAGACCUCAUUCUUGCUUUAAAAUGUUCAUUAACUUGUCGAUUAUUAAAGUUGUAUUCAAUUUUUUGAUAUCUCUUACAGUUUUCCUACAAUUUAGCUUUAAGCGUCUCAUGGUUUUCAGCAAAUUUCAGGCUUUAUAAUGGGUGUGUAUUGGAGAGGCGAGAGUGUUUUAUGCAUAGACUGUAUAUAGAAUGGACGCCGUCUGCCUCCUAGCGGGGUGAAGCCACUUCGAGAACAGCACCCUCUGUUGAUGGGCUGCAGUAUAGGUCAUAAAUCCCGCCUCUGCCAGCAAAGCUUAUGGGGCUGUGGACAAACUUUAGAAAUUUAUUACACAGAACAUAAAUUUUUCUCCCCCCUGCUUGCGAUGUUGACAUGUAGUUAUUGUAAGACUGGUUUGUGCUCAAGUCCUCUUUUUUCUGUGAAGCUCCAUUUUUAAAAGUUAUUAGGGGGUUCAUGUUUGCUAUGAUUCACACCUGAUACAGCCUAUUGGCGUUCAGGGAUUGAGUAGCUCUCCCGAGGGAUACACAGUUUGAGCCGAGCGUCAUCACAGUGACUCUCUGCGACUGCGCGGCCGAAUGCGCACAACGCUACUGCACAGCGCUGGUUUCAGGAAAUGAAGAAAAAUUCCGAAAAUACCGGGAGCUUUUUGGCUUCAAAUCCGGGGUAGGCGGAACCAGGUUGUCCGUAGUAUAUACAGUCUAUGGUUUUAUGUCAUCGCUAGAGUGCAGAACUCCUCUUGGAUCGACAAAACCUAGCUCAAAUAUAUCACUACCACGCCCACAAAUUUCACUCCACAGCCAUAAAAAAAUACAUCAAAAUGGAGGUAUAUGGAGGUCUUGUGGUUCUCACAAGCUCCUUAUCAUGAAUAUAUACAGAGGUUGACCAUCAGGGCCUCGCUGGAGAGCUAUUUCCUCAGCUUCAAGCCUCCUCUCUCCUGCUGAAGUGACACAUCUUCCUUUGCCAUGGCAACCAAUUAGUGCACCUGGAGACUAAGGGUGUGGAAAAUAAUCUAAAUUAAUCGAUGCAUCGAUGCGCAUGUGCGCGAUGCGACUGCGUCGACUCAUUCACUGUGUAUCGAUGCAAUUGACGGGUUAAAUCUAGAUUCAUCUAGAUGCGUUGGUGGGUAUCGGUAAAAUCCGAUGCAAGCGCCGUUUGAUUCAUGUUAAACUUCACCCCAUCUGCUGUUCCCCAGGCGCAUUGAAUGCACCAUCAUUAUUUCGCGUUUUGUAUUGAAUACGGACGGAAGCCGUGAGGGACAUACAAUGCACUACUAGUAAAACAGCAUGGACCACAUUCAAGUGAGCAGCAGCGAGGAAGAGUUUAUAUGUAAUGCACCCGCUACGUUUAAAUCAUAUGUUUGCAAACACUACGGAUUUGCAAAGAAAGACGGAAAACUCGACAAAACGUCCGUCAUUUGCAAAGAAUGCCGCGUUAAGAAGCCGCACAACGGCAGCACAACAAACAUGCAGACCCACUUAAAAAGAGUACACCACAUCACCGACAAGUCUAACGCCACCUCCACUCCCUUAACAUUGAUUGCACUGUUGAAAGUGUCACUUAAGGUUACUCAUUGAGAGUGUUUUGUUGUUGCCGUUUACUGUACUUUUUACAGCAGUAAUUAUUGUGUAAUUGUUUUACUCUUUUAUUAUUGCAGAACUCACUCAAAUCACUGAUUUUCAGUGGCCAGUUAGAAAGUCAACUCUAGCACAUUGGUUUGGCAGACAGUAGUAUGGCCAUUGAAUGGUUUAUUUGCACCAUGUUAGGCAGUGCAUUAGUUGUUUAAUAAUGUAAUAAUGUGUACUGUAAUAUUACCCAACAAGUAUAGAGCACUUGUGUGAUGUAGGGUUGGGAUUGGAAUCCUUUUUUUUUUUUUUUUUUUUUUUUUUUUAUUGAUUCAGAUUCCUUAACAGUUGCAGGAGGUCUGUCUAAUCUGUGUAACUGUACAAAAUGGAACCCAAAGGAGCAUAGAAAAAAAGACAAAAAGCACUUUUGUUGAAUUUACUGCCAAGUGCCUUUAAGGAAUAAAGCCAAAUCAUUUUUGUAGUACCAUACUGGAUUCCAUCUUUUAUUUUUAUUUCUUUUUUUUCUUUGCUUAUUUGCAUCAUGUUGAAUUGCAUCAUAUCGCAACAAAUUGCAUCAUAUCGUAUCGGAUCGCAUUGAUUUGAACUAAAUGAGUAUCGUAUCGUAUCGCAUCAUGAAGAGGGUGAAUCGUAUCGCCAGAAAAUUCCAUGUAUCGUUUAAGUAUCGUAUCGCUGGCAGUGCAUCGAGAUGCGUAUCGAAUCUUCCUCAGUGCUGAGAUUCACACCCCUACUGGAGACACACAGCUGACUGGAAAGCUGCUUGUAACGGCCAUAUGAGACACAUGAAACCAGGCUCAGUACACAGAGCACAGGGGAUGACAUUUAAAACCCUUUAUUAGAGUGCUUGACAAACUUCGGCCCCUAUCUCCACCCAUGAACUUUGACCUACAGAAACCAUUCAGGGCUUCAAAAUUUAAGCUCAUUGAGGACAUUAUGGGGUGUAUUCAGGAUUUUUAUUCAUUUAAAUUUUCCCCACUUUAAAAUUAAUCCCGUAAUUAAUACAUUAUUCUUCAGACAAAUUUAAACUCAUUCAAACUGAUUCAAACCUAAUACUUCAAACUUGUCUAAUACUUGAGGAUUUUUAAUUAUUCAAAUUUUUUCAUUUUAAAAUCUUUUUCAUUAUUUUGCAUUUUUUAAUUCUUCAGAUUCACAGUUUUUACUCCUACAAUUACUACUUAUAUCACUUUAACUUGUAUCUUCACUUCUACCUUCACUACUCUUGCUUCUCUAAAUAUUUUUUUACUGCGUCUCUUACUUUUACUGCCACUAUUACUUCUACCAUGAGCUUUACCACUUAGACUUCUUCUAUUCUAAAACUACUUCUACUGCUUAAAUGACUACUAAUAUCACUACUACAACCACCUAUUAUCAUACUACUUGUGGUACUGUGACUUAAACUUAUGCCACUUCUCACUUUUCUGUGUUUUAAGGUCAUUUUCGUCCUUAUCCAUUUUUUUUUUUUUUUUUGCAAUUUCAGCCAGUUUUUCUCACCUCUUUCAGCAUGAAUGCAACUUUAAUUUAUGAAGCACAUUCAUACUGUUUGGACUUCAACAGUUUUCACUUUUAUCCAACUUCUUCUUCUUCUUCUUCUUCUUCUUCUUCUUCUUCUUCCUUUUAACCAAUUUUACAUUUAAACCUUCUUCCAUUUUUCAUUAGCAGUUUUGCAUUGCUUUUUUAACUUUCAGCACCCAGCAUUUCCACGCAUUUUCUGCAAGGAAAUGAAAAUUUUCUAGUUAUUAUAGCAACUUCCACCGUUUUUUGGCCCUCAACUACUUCCACAUACUUCAACAUAUUCAAACCAUUCAAACUUCAAAAUAUUCAUCUCAUCAGGGAGAUUCCGGCUUGUAUUCAAAAUUUUCCUAACAUUCAUACUUUCCGAGAUAUUCCCGGUUUUCCGACCGAUUUCUCCCAUUAGAAAUGCAUUACGGAAUGUUCAAAACUGCCUUUUUCUCACAUUUUCUUCACAGCGCUUCAAAAACCUUCAACUCCCCUAUACUUCCACUUAGAAACUUCAUUCAAACUUUAAAACAUUCACACAUCUUCAGACAUUCACUCAUUCAUUCACAAUCUUCAUGGCAUUCAUACUUUUCUCACAGUGACACUUCGAAGAGUCAUGGGAUUUUCUGACCUCCUCAGGUUUUAACAUUAAAUUUCUUUCCACACUAGAUUCAAUUUUAUUAUUCAUGCAUUAUUUAAUUCCUCAAACAAAUACAAAAUUAUUUAAACUGAAUUAAACCUUUUUGAUACUUCUAAUACUUUUAGAUUUUUUAAUCAUAUAAAUUUUUCCUGUUUUAAAUCAUUUUUUACGAUUCAUACAUCAUUCUAUUUAAUAAACAAAUUCCAACUCAUUCAAGCUGAUUCAAACCUUUCUAGUACUUUAAAACUUUCUCAUACUUCAGGAUUUUAAAUCAUUUUAUUUUCCACACAUUGUUUUUUUUUUUUAAACAAUUUAUGCACUAUUCAAUGAAUUCAUACAAAUCAUUCAUAUAAUUCAAACUUUCUUAUCUUUCAUAGACUUCCAAAAUUCAGCCAUUCGCAAUAGCAGUUAAGCAAUAGCAAUUUUAAACAGAGCAAUCCCACUCGCAGUUUCUUCAGAAAUUGCAUUUUCUAGUUUACUUUUUUCUUCUUAUCCCCCCCAGCAUGUAUUUUUUUUGCAUACUUGCUCACUUACCUGUUGUUUUCUAAAAAGAGCUGGCCAUCGUUUCAACAUUCUUUGCGACUUAAUGAGAAGGUCUGGUUCAUCAGCUGAUUCACAUGAACUGCAUUUGGGAAUCCUUUCUUUAUUUCAUUUUCAAGCACCUGUUUAGAGCAUUCACAUAGUGAUGCAUCUUGACCCUGUGGGAAAUCAGACAGAAAGUUUGUACCACUUCUUCUGGGUCUCUUCAGACUUUUUCCAGGUGACUUCCCCUCUGGAUUCUGCUGUGUUAAUGUACUGCUGUUGACUGACAAAUCUGCAAUUCCACAUCUGCAAAGGAACCCAUUUUGAAUUUUAGACUAUUCUUCCGUCCAUAGCAACCUGUGGUUGACCCAGACUCAGCAAGGCAUGGGUGCUUUGCAAUCAGUGCUGCAGUAACAGUGGUGAAGUGUUCAUCUUGAGGGUAAGCCGAGAACUUGUACAUCUCCUAAGCUAACUUCUGCAGAAUGUCAUGCUUCAGAGAUGUAGAGGUAUAAUGGCCAAUCAACAGGGUAAGGAGUCUUAUCAGGCUCCUGUUUUCGUGACCAUUACCCCCAAUGGUCCCUUUGGCAUGGAAUGUUUUUGAAAUUGUCUGAGGCUGAUUUGCUUUGUCUGAAUGUGUGUAGGAAAAUUCCUUUAUGGCAAGAUUCAAUGUCUCAAGUGAGAAGAACUUUUUUAUAGAAGUCCUGAAUGCAAAGACACAGCUCAGAGGGAACAACGCCUGGUGUUUGAUUUAAAUUCUGGUUGAGACAGAAACAUCUUCACAGUGUCAUCAUAUGCGCAAACUUUCAAAAAAUGAAUCCCCGAAAAGCUGGAUAAAGUUGCGUAGAUUUCAUUGCAAAACUGAAUGAAUAAAAAAAAUGAGCAACAAAGGUUCUUUUAACAAUAAAUCACAGCAUUUAAAGCUUGCGGUCAAAGAUAGUAGGUGCUGUGAGCCGUCAUGUGGCUGCGUGUCAGCUGGCCCUACUUAUAGGCGAGUGCCCUCACCACCUGCGGAGGGCGCAGACAAACUUAAAGGUCAGCAGAAACUAGAUUUUAACUAUAUGAAUACAAACUCAAAUGUGGCUCCUACACAAUCUAUAUUUAGUUGUCCAUCAUCAAGCUGUAAAAUAAAUAAAUAAAUAAAGUCACAAAAUGCUAGUAAUUACUUCAAGUAAAGAAACUUGCGGUCAACAAAUUUUGGCAGAGCAAGAAGGGCAUCUCUUAUUAGCAUUUCUGCUCAUUCCGAGAUCCAGAAUGACCACAGCUACACAGUUCUGAGCAACACACAUGUAAUGCCAGCUAUACAUCAGAGGACAUUGAGUAGAUUUGGAAAAUCGGUUGUUUCAAAGGGGUCUGAGUGUUCACAUAUAGUCAAAAAUUGCUGAGUAAUUGAUCUGCGUUCAUUUAGAGGGCUAGAAGGGACCGUGUGUAAACACCCUUAGACUUUGAUCUGAGCCCUGAUCGUACCAGAUGUGCUUAGGUUGGCUGUCAUUAUGAUGAUCAUGCUUUACACUUAGUUGACUGGCUGUACAGCAGAAAGUUUGUUUGAAUAUUUAAUAAUAAAGUGAAAAAAAUAAAUAAAUAUAAAAAUUUAGUAUUCUUAGGCAGAGUUUACAUUAUUUAUAUAUGAAACACGUGAAUUUGGUAAUAUUAAUAGAUUCAAAACAAAGCUGUGGGGCAUUCUCAGUAGGGCGUGAAUUAAAAUUUUUUGCUGUUACUGUAAUGGGGGUAAUAUAAGGCUAAGUUCUGUUUUUUAAAAUUUUUAGAUAAAAUUAUGGUGUGACUAAACUUGACUCCAUCAAUAUGGAGUUUUCCUACAGAUGUCUUUCAUGGUUUUGAAUCUGAUGAGCAGUGGAGUAUAUUGACUGUGAAGCUCAUUUUUUGUGGGCUAUUUUUAGUUAUCACACUGGAAGUAAUACUCAGAAGGAGAAUAACAAAUCCAUAAGGAUAAACAACAAGAAAUGCGCCACUCGCACACGAGCUGUACUGUUGUGUUUCAUUUCACUCUCAAGCUUCAAUAAGACUGUUAAUCCCUCAAAUUAACAUCAUAUUGAUCAGAUUCAUUGGUUUGUUUUUAAAUUAAAGCUUUUUUGGCUCACACUGUCACUAACUGAUUGUUUUAAAGAUUUCCAGGAUCCUGUUUAUUUCCCAGACACCAUCAUAUUGAACACGCUGACCCCCAAGGCCCAACAUUACAGUCUAAAUGGCUAUGUGCGUUCGUGUGUGCGUGCGUGAGUGCGUGAGUGCCUGCGUGCCUGCGUGCCUGCGCUUGAAACUGUCUGCCAGCUGUGAUUUAGAGUCUGGCAACUAAGAUACAAAUAAUAGCAACCAUCUAUCUGUGUUUCCAUCACACUGUACUGUUAUGCAUGAGUGUGUGAGUGAGUGUAUUUAUCAGGCUGGUUCAAUACGUUAAAAGGCAGGAGGUGUAAUGAAUUCCGUCUGACAAACACGAGACAGAGCUCUGAGUGAUAAUGCUUCUCUCUUCAGUGCUUCAAACAGGGACAUUACAGCUUUGAUUACCCUCUGUGCUUUUUAGUCAAACAAGACCAUUAAAGUAGAGAGUAAAAAAAGCAUGUGUUUUACUGAGCCUGUAAGACUACUUUAAAAAGUGAAACUUAGUGUUUGUUUGUUUUUUUUUUUAAGUCUUGAGAGAUAAUUUCUUGAUAAGUCACUUGAGAUAUACAGGAACUCCAUGUUUAAUGUGAAGCUGUCCUCAGUUAAACUAAGUUAAAUGGAAAUAAACAGUAUCAUCAUAGAUUUGGUUGAUCAAACUCAAGUUUUUAAUUGGUUAUCAAACAGGCUAAAAUGAACACUCUCCAUUAAUGACAAGACUAAGAAUUUCUAUAAAUUAUUUUUUUAUGUGAAGAAACAGUCUGAGUUAAUUUUUAUAAUGAGAGAUAAGUUUUACUUUAAAACAACAACUUGAGGUUUUAUUAACACGUCUUUCACAGGGACGGCUCAAAAUUAGCAACAAUAUAAGGGUUACCACUUUGUACACAGGGGGUACAAAGUGGACACAGACAGAUGGCUCUUCCCAGGAGCUUUAAAUAACUUGCUCUGCUCACAGAAUUGUUCAAAAACAAUACAACGCUUAAUAGUGUGCUGCUGUACUUAAUACGGGAACAUCACUGGUUAUCUUUGGCAGUUGUCAGCCCCUGAUCCUGAUAUUCAAUCUCAGGCAAAGAAGGACUCCCACACUGAGACCCAAAGAUGAACUGAAUGCAUUCAUCUAGAUAUGACUGUGAUCAUUUUCUAUGAUGGUAUGCUUUUUUUAUACUGUAUGAAAGUUGGUACUAGUCCUACAGCUUGAAGAGUUAUUGGAAAAAUUAUGUAUCAAAUCGGGAUCUUUGUGCUAUUACUUUCUCUAUUGCAUAUGAUUUUUGUGACGUAAAGGAGCAAGUAUUGGAGUUUUGUAAAUGUCUACCCCCCUAGCUCAGUUUUUUUUUUUUUUUUAAAUAAACACUUUAUAAGGAAUGUUUGUUGUAGGUGUGCUCCUUGUAUAUAAUAUCACAAUGCUACUAGUAUUUAUAAUUUGGAAUCUCUGAAGAAUCUCUUCAUUAUGUACACACCCCAGCAGUAGCGCCUGCAGCCCUUCAAAAUUUCCCUGAGGGAAUUUUCUAGUUUUGGUAUGUUGUUUUGGCUCUAGUUGUUUUGUGUUAAUUUUACUUUCAGGGUUCCCCUCAAAAUAAGAUGGAACAUCUCAAGAGGCUAUUUCUUAUGGAGAAUUCAAAGAAUUUAAUCCUAAUUCUAAACUGUUAUCCACAGGGUAGGCACUUUGGAGCUGUCUUCUGCCUGUAAAUCAUGGUUUCAGACCACUGAGCAGCAUCUGUUUAAAAAAUAAAUCUUAAAGCUCCUGUAAGGAAUCUUUAAAUUGUGUCAAUUUUGGUGCUCCUUGUGGAUUAAGUAGCCAUUUCUAAUUUUGCCAUCUAUAUGCUUAAUUAGAAUCUUCUGACAAAAGCCUCAUCCUGCUGACUUUGGAAAGACUGAUUUAUCUUUUUUGUGAAUAAUAUAUGCAGAUAUUGCAAAAACAACUCUGAUUCUUCAGCUGCUUAACUGACCCUUAGCCCCUCACACAGAUUUCAGGAAUAAAAUAUUACAACAUCAAACUGUUGCUGAUAGUCCUGCUUGCUUUUGUUUGUCAUAAGAAUAAAUUUUAGUCAAUCUCUUAAAUGUCAAAAAACACCUCUCAUGAGCUUUAAAGUAAAAUCAGCAAGUACACUUCAUUGAAAUGAUUUGAUUCCCAAAUCUGGACUCUGGUCGUAACUGCUUUAUUCGGAUAAUAUAAACUUGUAAACUAUUCUGAAAUGCAAAAUAGUGAACUGAAAAUGGGAUUAUUCACAAAUAACUAUGGAAAUUUUAGGAUAAAUUACAGUAAACAGCCAGCCUAGGUAUACGUAUUUGUAUGGAAACACUAGAGCUCAUGCAACCUUCCAGCAAGAGCAAAUCACCUCCUCUAAUGAACCAUGAAAGACUCACUCAAAUCCAUGUCACCACUGCACCAAUUUUGACAUCAUACAUGGGUGCACAGUGAGGUACCCAAACUCUGUUGAGAGUAUCUUAUUAAUUUAUUCAGUCAUUCAGGGAAUCAUCAUUUUUGACCGGAAAAAACAAAACCAUGUUAGUGUAAAAUACGAGAAUGUUUAGCAAAGAUAGUUUAGGAUGUGAAACAGGCUCUAAUUCAUUAGAACAUUUUCAGGAUUUGUAACUUUUUUAAAUCCUAAACACACUUAAAAUGUCUUUUUUGUCCAUCGAUUCCAAGUGGAGCUUAGUCACUAUCCCUGCUCUCUGCAUUAGCUGAUGAAUCAAUUUAUGAAUGAAUUUGUGUGUGUGUGUGUGUGUGUGUGUGUGUGUGUGUGUGUGUGUGUGUGUGUGUGUGUGUGUGUGUGUGUGUGUGUGUGUGUGUGUAAAAACCCGUUCAUAUGUAAAUAAGCAAUUAGCGUUGAGUUGUUAGUUGUUCAUUGCAGGCCUCUAUCCUUCCAUUACUCUAAUUCUCCUGCGUCGUUUUACCACCAAACUGCUUUCAACCAGCACUUCCUCCUCUUUUUAUCUUCCUUCAUCUCAUUUUCUCUCCUCUUUUCCUUCAUCCACACAGACACAAAUACAGACACAGACACACACACUUACACCAACUUCUCUCUCACACAUCCCCUAUGGUGUUGACAAUGUGUGAAUGGAACCAAAUGAUGGGUUGGGAUAAAAUGUACACACAUAUGACCACCAACAGAUUUGUGUGUGUGUGUGUGUGUGUGUGUAGUGGAAGAGUCUUACCAAGAAGGAUGACUCACUCUCAGCUGGACACAUGGCCCACUCGUGGGAGACUGCAUCCUCGUCAAUAUGACACAUACACACAGCAUCUACACACACUGAUUUAAGCCAUGUGGAUCUAAAAGGCUUUCACUUGCUUGCAUGAUUGAUAGUGUUCAUGUAUCAGUGUAAUGAGCUCAUAUGACUUGUGUGUGUGUUUGUAGCUGUGGUAGUUUUCCAUGCAAGUGUGAGGUAGUGUGUGUUGUUGGGUGCAAUAAGGCUUUCCAAUGGUGUUUCGUCACACAUGUCCUGAAAGCAACAGUGCUGUCCUGGACAAUUUGUCAUCCAUCUUUCUCUCUUUUUACAUAUAUAUUCUUCUAACUCACCCCGAGAUUCCACAGGAUCCGGAAUGGCUCUGCUCCACCACGGACCGGCAGGCGGAUCACAUACGCAAGCAUACAGUGCCCACCGGAUCCAAUCUGCUGCAGCAAGCGCAGGAGGAGCAUUCGCAAUAUUACCGAUAUUUCUCCCGAGACUGGAUGAGAUCUCAUGUGAUCACACGUGUUUUACCGUGAGACACUGAAAUAGAUCCGCUGAUCGGUGAAUGUAAAGGGCGGUGUAUAUAAACACCCACAUCCGACAACGCUGGCCUCUCCUAUUAUCAAGUUAAGAACAGUUAAAAUUAUUGACUUUAUUUUAUUUUAAGAAAUAACUGGAUAUUUUACUCAGUAGCCGCAUACAACUGCACAGAACUGAUGCGCUGUGCUGCGGCAUCUGGCAAAAAUAAUAUCUGAUCCGACCACUGGAGCCAAUCCGUAGCAGCGCUGGAUGGCAGACGGAUUGUGUAAAAUCACACUCAUUGAUUAUAAUGCCUGCUGGACUGGAGCGGAGCUGUUCUGAUCCUGUGGAUUUUAGCCAUCUGCCUCCCUGCUUUCUGCUGUUGCUUUUCAACUUUUUAUGUAUGUUCAACACAGACACAACGGGCUCUAUUUUCCCCUUCCUAACUCAGCUCCUCCCAGCGGCGUAAGUCGUAGUGAGGGAGGAGAGAGGACGUGGAGUGGAUUUAACACAGCUGAGACCUGUAUUGACCAAUAACAUCAGCUCCUCUCCUCGCCUUUAAAUCCGCCACUGGCGAGGCAUAUUACUAUUUUCGUGAGGUAGUCAAAGAGAUCAAUAGAUGUCUGAAGACAGUGAUGCCACACGAUGGCGACAGAAGGCAGCUCUUCAACAAGUGUCACUGUAAACGCUGUGACACUUGUUGCUCUCAUAUGAGCACAGAUGGAUUUGGUGUGUGUAAUGUUGGACCCACUAGUAAGACAAACAACCCUUUCCACAAAUAAAGACACUCACAUAAAGUUGCACAUAUUCAAACCUCACGUGACAAAGGUGGGUUGUGCGCAGAGAUCACAACAUAAACUCCAAUAAUGGCAUUAAAAUCGGAACCAUCUGUGCAUAAUGACGCUCUUUCUUUUAUAGAUGUUGGCAUAUAAAAUAAAUUUGGCUCACAAAACUGAAUAUUAUAAUAUUUGUAUGUAGGCUUGAAGUAAAUAACUCAUCUGGUCACUGAAACAAAUCAUCUGUUCAGCCGCAGCAGCUGCAGCUGCAGCAGGACGGAGAGAGGACACGGAGACAUGUCCAGGUCGAGCUGCGUGAGAAAUAAGAGGAAGAGGAAAAAAGAAAAGGAGGGAGACAAAUUACAUAUCUUGUUAACUUCAUCAUGUGUGUCUAUUUACUAGAUAUUUAAUUAAGUGCGGUUUCAGCUGUGUUGAUUCGGUUGAGUGUCCAAACAUGUGCCAAACGUGCUCAUCAGAUCAGAAUAUAUCUAUAUAGAUCUAAAUGUAUGUGCUGACUCAGAUUAUUAGUUGUUGAUGAUUAUUUAUUGCACUGAAAUGUGCCUGACACUGUGGAAACCUGCCGGUGAGGCAUUGGUGACAUAUGCCGAUACGCCGCCGGUCUACCAAAAUACCACUAGAUCAGCUGUGCUCCGCCUGCGCUGAAAGCUGACCAGGUUUAAAUCUGCGAGUUUUCGGCACACUUUACACGCCACCGGAAGCACGAAAAUGUCACUGCGCCUGCUGAUUCUGUCAACACCUGCCCCUGCCACGCCACCAUGCCCAGCUUGGCGGAUCUCGGUGCGUCUCAGUCCACGAAAAUACCAAACUAGCUGUAUGCCGGGCUCCGCCAGACAAAAAUACCACUGCGCGGGGUCCGCCGCCAUCCGCCGCCUCCCCGGCGCACACGAAAAUAGAGCCCAACAUGUUCAUACAUGUUAACAUACAUGUUCAUGUAUGUUGUGAUGGGAUCUUGCGCCACAAAAUCACACAAGUGGGACAACAUUUUUUUGUCAAGGUGAUUUACACAGUUGAUAAGGGUUUUCUUGCAUAGGAAAUUAUUAGCAGCAUUACACUGUCGUGGUGGCCUAGCUUUAUUAAAAUGAGUCCAGCGCUGCAGAAAAGAUGGUGCCAUAACUGUCAAACAAGAUAAAAAGUUAAUCGUAAAUAAUUUUAUGCUACCAGAAAGGGCAACCCUACAAAAAGCUAUGGCUGAAAAUGUAAACAUAGACCACUGAUCUCACAUUCAGUGUGCAGAAGGACUGUUUAUAUGUCUGUUUUCCCUAUUUCAGACACCAGGCUGUUUAUUUCAUAAACAGCCUUUCUCUCUCACUGUGUUUAUUCUGUCCCUUUGCUUUUCAGUCACACAUCCUGCUCCUCUCUCUGCUCUCCCCUCUCUUCUCCUGCUCCUCUUCCUGCUCUCCCCUCCCCUCCUCUUUCUGCUCACUAAUUAUUCGUCUUAGUGUAAGCUGCAGCUUCCUUGUACUCCCAGAAUUUAAAUCAUAAUGAUCCCAGUGAAUAUUACAAUAACUAUUAUUACAUUGAUCCCUUCCAUUACCACAUAUUUAAAUAAUAUAGCUUGGGUUGAUUUGGCUUGUGAUAGUAUUCAAAAGUUCCAUAGCCAUCCACCUUAUUCCCAGGCCCCAUGAUGCUUUGCGUGAAUUAUGUGCAUGUUUUCCGGUGCCUUCUGUUAUUUACCAUGGAGCCAGCAUUUUCCAUAGUAUCUGUGAUCUAAUUUUGAUUAUUAAAGCCAUCAAGGAUGAAAACAAUGUGGGAACAUUAUCUGACACCAUUAACGAGACGUUAUUAUUCAGCUGCCCUCCUCUAUUGAGCACUAACAUUUAGCUUUUUUUUAGCACCAUUGUUAUAGACAGGGAGGCUGAGGUUUAUCAGUUCUUACAUAACUACAAGGUCAGUCCCAUUUUGUUGACAGAAGUUGGACAUGAUCUUAACAACUUAAAAGCAGAUGUAGAGUCGUGUCAGAGCCUUGAUGCCCCACAUCACUGAUCCUGGGUUUGAGUGUCAGCUCCAGGUGAAAUACAAACAGCUGCUCAUGGACUGCAUGACCAGAGUGAUCCUGCAGUCAUGCAGCUGCAAUACCGUGGAAGGUGUGAUAGUAUUUUGGCAGACUUUUACAAAAUUAUUAAAUAAAUAUACUGUAUAUAUAUAUUUUUUAUCACUAUGACUGUUUUUGUCUAACAGGCAAUUUUCUAAUGUAGGUAUAUUUCUAAUAUGUUUCUUAAUUGAGCCCCUGUGAUGGUGUUCCCUCAGUUUUCUCAGUUGUUUCAUUUAUAUUGAAAUCAUUAUUAUUAUUAUCGUUAAUAUUAUAAUUAUUAUUUUUUUUACAGCUCUUAUUUAGUUAAUGUGUGUGAGUGUGGAGGGGGGUUAUUUGUCUUGUUUACCUUUUCUUUUCCUGCACAGCACUGAGCGUUGCAUUAUCGUUAUAUGGAAAGUGCUAUAUAAAUAGUCUGAUUCUAAGCAAAGUUUGUCAGAGGGCAGACGAUAUAAAUAGUGACAAGGAUCAAAGGAACACUUCAAUUCUACUUUGUCUGGCUGUUAAUACAACCACAGACUGCUCAACAUGUCUGAGAACUACGCAACGACAUUCCCAAAUAUAUAACACUCAAUAAAAACCUAGCAUAGGUUUAAAGCAAGGCAGUAUGGGGUAUUUUAUAUUUACUGCUAUCGAUGUUUAGUCAAUAAGAUUAGUCACUAUGAGAAACCAACUCAAUGCUAUUUCCAUUCUAUUUCCCGAGGUUUCACUUAUAAUCGUAAAUACAGUAACGCCCUCAUCAAUAAAGUGGAUAAAUUGAAAUAUACUGUGGAAUUUCAUCACUGGUGUCUGGUUGGAUGUAAAAAUCUGACUUUGACUGAGCUGAUGUGUUUAUCUUCCUGCAGGAACAUUCAGAGGAGUGUGUAAGAAGAUCGAUCACUUCCCAGAGGAUGCUGACUACGAGGCAGAUGCUGCUGAAUAUCUCCUCCGUAAGUCUGAUACAAACAUGACCAACUAUUGACCUAUUGACCCAACCAGCUUUACCUUUUCAUCAUCCUUCAACCUCAUGUAGGACCCACAAAGUUCUUGGACCAUCAGAACAUUUAUGUAUUUUAUAACUUUUAUCCACCCCACAGCUCUUUCCCUCUGACUUCACUCUCAUACUGGUUUCGUAAUCUGCUUCUGUAUCAAAGGUUUUAAUUUACGGAAAUCCAGGACAAUCUAAAAAGUUAUCAUGACUUUGAAUUUAAUAAUUGAUCAGUCACUAAAAAGAUGACAACUUCACAGCAGCUAUUGUUUGCAUUUGAUGAGUUCUUCGCUAACAAUAGCACAACCUAGAAAUGAAUGAAAUGCAUUCACUGUUGCAGCGGGGUUAAACGAUGGGCUCUAUUUUCGUGCCCCGCUGGAGACGUGCCACAGGCGCGGCGCAAGUCAGGUCCGCCGUGCCGACAAGGCGUUCCCGAGCACAAUUUGGUAUUUUGGUGAGCGGCGCAGCCCAGCGUAAGUAUCCCCCCUCCCUAACUCAGCUCCUCACAGCGGCAUAAGUCGUAGCGAGGGAGGAGAGAGGGCGUAGAGUGGAUUUAACACAGCCGAGACCUGUUUUCACCAAUCACAUAAGCUCCUCUUCUUGCCUUUAAAUCCGCCACCGGCGAGGUGUAUUACUAUUUUCGUGAAGUAGCCAAAGAGUUUAAGAGAUGUCUGAAAACAGUAAUGCCACACGAUGGCGACAGAAGGCAGCCCCUCAACAAGUGUCGUUGUAAGCGCUGCAUUGGGCAUCCUCCACACUCUCUCAUAUGAGCACAGAUGGAUUUGGUGUGUGUAAUGUUGGACCCACUGGUAAGACAGAUACCCUUUUCCACAAAUAAAGACACUCACAUAAAGUUGCAUAUAUUCAAACCUCUCACAAAGGUGGGUUGAGCGCGCAGAUCACAACAUAAACUCCAUAAAUGGCAUUAAAAUCGGAACCAUCUGUACGUAGAUGACGCAUCGCGCUCCGUGGUCUGGCUCUUUCUUUCAUAGAUGUUGGCAUAUAAAAUAAAUUUGCCUCACAAAACUGAAUAUUAUAAUAUCCGUAUGUCGGCUUAAAGUAGAUAACUCAUCUGAGCACUGAAACAAAUCAUCUGUUCAGCCGCUGCAGCAGCAGCUGCAGCAGGAUGGAGAGAGGACACAGAGACAUGUCCAGGUCGAGCUGCGCGAGAAAUAAGAGGAAGACAGAAAAGGAGGGAGACAAAUUGAAUAUCUUGUUAACUUCAUCAUGUGUGUUUAUUUACUAGAUAUUUAAUUUAAUUUAAUGCGGUUUCAGCUGUGUUGAUUCGGUCAGGUUGUGUGUCCAAACAUGUGCCAAACACGCUCAUCAGAUCAGAUAUAGAUCAGAAUAUAUCUAUAUAGAUCUAAAUGUAUGUGCUGACUCAGAUUAUUAGUUGUUGAUUAUUUAUUGCACUGAAAUGUGCCUGACACUGUGGAAACCUGCCGGUGAGGCAUCGGUGACGUAUGCUGAUAUGCCGCUGGUCUACCAAAAUACUACUGGACCAGCUGCGCUCCGCCUGCGCUGAAAGCUGACCAGGUUUGAAUCUGCGAGCUUUCAGCGCACUUUACAUGCCACUGGCGAGCACGAAAAUGUCACUGCGCCCGCUGAUUCUGUCAACACCUCCCCCUGCCACGCCAGUGUGAAUCUUAGCAUGACAUACAAACAAUUGCAGCAAAAAACAGCUUUGAAAGCAGAUGUGUCAGCCUGCUGCUUAAUGUAAAAUUUACUUUGAAGAAAAACUGGUGAUUAAGAUAUACUGUACACACAGAUGAGAAAAUAAGGAGAAAGGGGAGGAGGUAGUGUAGUGUUAUUUCUAGAAAGAGUAAUAGGACAGAAUGUAAAGGAGAGAGGGGGUUGGUCUGUUUUUCUCUCACAGCGUUAAAGAUGGACUGAGCGAAAAGCAGCAACAAAAAGGUUGGAGGAGGGAUGGAAGGAUUCAGCCUGAGCAUCUUUUUCAUUGCCCCACUGAACACAGAGCAACAUCCCCAAAGGCAGCCAAUUACGUCUCAGGCCUUGGAGCCAGCCAGCCAAUGGGGGGCAGGGGCCUAGUGACCGCUAUUGCUUACUGCCCAAGGGUGUGGGCCAGGGGGUGGGGCUUACAUGCUAGGCCGCACAACGGCACUGGUCACUGCAGCUGACAUGUCAAGCUUGAAAUACUGAAGAAUUACUGUCUGCAGGAAUGAAAUGUUUUUGUAACAAUAUACUUAAACAUCAGCUUUGAAAUGGACACCACUCUAGUCUGCAUGACAAGCUGUUUGCAAAUACCCUCCAAUAUGUUAGCUCGUCACUCACACAUAUGGGCUUCUGACAAAUAUUUCACUCCUGCUGUAGCCUCACUCUCAUUUUCAUCAUCUCUGCUAGUCAUUAUUUUGCCUCGCAUAUGUGUCAGUGUGACUCUCCAUCUGUCUCGAUUUUUCUCCAUUCUCUCUCUCUCUCUCUCUCUCUCUCUCUCUCUCCUCUGAAUGCUUUAACAUGUUCUGGACUCAGACUCAGUCAAGCAUGUAGCUGUACAUUCAACCAUGUGUGUUUUAUGUGUAUGCACACUGACAUAGUCCUUGAGUUUAUUUCCAGCACUGGAGAUACUGAAUGGAGCUCACCUUUGGUUUGAUGUGGGAGUUCAAGCCUAUAUCAGGCAAAAAUGAUGGGUUUCUUUUGAGUUUAAUGAUGAAUAUCAGCCCCCCCCCCCGAACAGAAUAGAAUAGUCUUUAUUGUCAUUACACUAGGUGCAACAAAAUUCCCCUGUGCCAUUUCUGAAUAGCAGAAACACAUGCAUGUACACAUUCAUUCGCACAUAUAAAGAAACAUCAUGGAUAACAUCAGUAUUUUGAUUCAGAAAAUGGAAAUGAGGUUGUUUUUUAAGGCUGUCUGGUUAAGAGGCAUAGAACUACUUGACAAGAGCAGCAUGACACCAGUGGGGCCAAUCAAAUUGCCUUUUGUAUUACACUUUAGGCCUCCUUCAAUCAUAAAAAAGGGAUUAUUGAGAUAAAUUCAAUAACCUUGUCUUUUUGCUCUUGUUCUGCUUAGCCUGCGCUCUGCUCUUCAAACAGCUCUCCCCUUCAUCAUCAACGAAAACAAAACUGCACGUGUGUGCGUGCGCACGCGCCCGCGUGUGUGUGUGUGUCUGUGUGUUGGAGGAGCACAGCAGGCUGAUGAGAGCUGUCAGAGCGGACUGAAGCUGCUCCUAUAUGUUUAGCGUUUAACUAACUGAAUUUUGCAACUCUGUUUGUCGUUUUCGUCUCGUCCCGUCAACGUAAACGCACUUUCGUCUCGUCACAUUUUAGUCAUCUCCGACUUAUGUUUAGCUUGUCAACGUUACGUCUUCGUCGUGGAAGAAAAGGGAAAUAUUUGACGAAAUAUGACGAAAACAACACUGCACUGUAGCAGGUUUAACAACUUCCUCUUUUUUAAAGUGUGGGGUGCCAGUCAGAGUCAGGCCUGACAAAUAAUAUAUCAAUAAACAAAGAAUUUGUCCGUUAAACCAUGCACACACAAAAAUAAAACAGUUCAUCAAGCAAUUUGGGGUGGGGGGGUUGAAUGGAUGAAACCUAGCAUUGGGCGCUACAAUACUAUGACCCACAUCCUCCAACAGCCCUGAUAAUGUGCUGUGCAUUGUGUAAUAAUAAUAAAAAAGAAAACAUCCUUCUAUUUUAACUUUCCAUCACAAUCUUGCCCUCAGCUCUGUCAUCAUUCUGAGUCUGAAAAACUGUUCUGUGCAGUAAUUGUGUUUCCACUCUUCUUCCUAUACAGGAGCUGUGCGUGCCUCCAGCAUCUUCCCCAUCAUGAGUGUGGGUCUUCUGUUCCUGGGGGGGCUCUGUGUGGCUGCCAGUGAGUUUUACCGGAGUCGACACAAUGUCAUCCUCAGUGCAGGGAUCUUCUUUGUCUCUGCAGGUGAGUCUGCUCUCUAUUGUUGUGUUUUCUUUCUUUCUUUUAUCCUUUUUUAAUGCUCUGUUUCAUCGGCCUUAAAUGUACAAGUUCCAGCAAUACAAUCAGGAAAGGCUGGUUCUUGAUGAAGAUCACAGCAUCUUGACUCCUCUGUAAAGUAGACUUUGUCCUGAUACUUUCUUUCAAACUACAUUUUUUGAAUACACUGCCAUGUCAAAGGUGAAUUAAGAUUGUUUUACAUGUCAAAGUUUGGGUUACAGCAAAGCAGAGGAUCUUAACUGGUAUCUAGUAAAGAUGGUAUAGAGAUGUGUACCGAGAUAGGAAUUUUCCUAUCUAACAAAGGAUAUCCUUCCUUUGUGAACAAAGAACACCAGUUUUGUUUGGAAAUUGCUGAAGACCUACCUACCAAAGAGGAUCCAAUGGUAAGGGAGGGAUUUUGUGUAAGUAAAGACACCAAGACAUGCACAAGUCACUAAAUCAAUGGUAAACUCAGGGAGAGGUGCCCUCAUGUCUGAAAAAAACACUGCAGAAGUGUCCACCUGGAUGCUCCUUGUGUAAACAACAUGUUUUUAAAUGCCCUUUGUAAUGCUCCUUUCAUGGAAAAUGCACAGAAAUUUGCUGCAAUGGCAGCUCUUUAAUGGGAUAAAAUUUUAAGAAGUGCCAUUUCGAUGGACUUCCAGCAUUAAAUGCAUGGAAAAAAAUCCCCUCUCAGUAUAUCAAGUGUAAAUAAGGGCCCUCUGCAUGCACUUCCAGUAUAUCAAACAUGUAAAAAGUGCUAUUUGAAUGCUAUUCCAAUGGAUAACAUGUGACAAGGUGCCCAUUUGGUUAUUUAACCUUACUAAAGCAAUGUCUGUACUGAGAAAAUGUCAUUUGAUACUUGGAAGUUGUUUUUUCAUAAACCAUACCAAUUUAACAGUUUGACAAGUGAAUCUCUAGACUGACACGAUUCUACCCAAAUGGGUCGUUGGUUGUUGAAGCUAUAACAAAUGUUGAAAAUGAAAGGAGUCCUUUUCAUUUUAAUGUCAGACUCUUUGGGGACAACUCUUUUCACAUUAGACAUUUGUUGCACCAGCAGUAACCACAGACGCACCAGCUGGGAGUCACCAGUUAACAGGGUAACUUGUUAAUCCAUAACAGAAGCUUGAAUUAUGCUUUCCUUAAACGUCUGUGCCAAAUAGCUCAAAGGGUGUUAACAGCUGUUGGACUUGAAGUUAAUAGAGUAAGGGUUGGCUAUUUUAUCUCACUGAACAAUAAGGCUGCAACAACGAAUCGAUUAAGUCGAUUCGUCGUGAUGAAAAAAUUUGUUGCCAACUAAUUCUGUAAUCGAUUCGUCGGGUCUUUAUAUAUGUCCAUGGACACCGGCGUGUAAACAUCAGCAGGACGCACAGAAAAGAAACAGCCAUGGCCGAGGCAGCGGCUGAGAAAAACAUGGACACAACCCAACCCAAAUCCCGACCUAAAACAUCAGUGGUGUGGGAAAACUUUACCAAGACUGAAAAGGAAGGCGUUCAGUGCAACAUUUGCAAAGCCCGUUUUGCAUGGCACGGGAGUACAUUGAUGAUGCGUGAGCACAGGGCUCUCAAGUCUCACGCAUUCAGCGUAUGACACACGCAUUCCCACUCGUUCACACGCUCACACACCACACAUUGUAUUUAAAUGAACAUGGUGAUGUCCACCAAGUUGCACUUCUUAACUAUAGAACAGGGGGAAAUCAACUGAGUUUCUCCGAGAGUUCAGAAGCUGCGUGCCACGCGCAAGCCAAUCAAAUAAAGUAUAUCUACUGAACAGCCAAUCAAAAAGCAGCAUUGCUGUAUCCAGGUAGAUUUUGAUAUCUUACGGUUUGACUACAGAAGAAGACAGACACUCGCCGAAAUAGAGCAGGUUUUUAUAAGGAUGAGAUCGACCCGAUGAUUACAGUAAGUCAGUAACCUACACAUGCAGAGACCUCAACACCUCAUGGCAGAUAAACUCAUAUGAUAAACUAAAGCCCUAUGCUAUUGCUAUUAACAGCUGCAUUGAUGAAUUUAGCCUGUUUAUCCGACUAAUCGAUUAGUUAUUAAAAUAGUCGUCAGAUUAAUCGAUUAUCAAAAUAAUCGUUAGUUGCAGCCCUACUGAACAAAAAUCAUUUGUGCUGAACAACUUGAUCUUUGAGGGUGGAACUUUUCAUCUUAAUGACAACGCUGUUGAACAGAAGCUCCACAGUUCUACUUGUAUGCGCGUGUAUUGGUGUGUUUGAUUGGUUGUGGGACCAUUAUAAACAGAGGAAGGGCAACAGUCGUAUCUGUGGAAGAUGCCCAUUCUAACAGAGGGGCCUCCAUGAUUUGCCAGACUGAGGAGACAUAGCAGCUCAUUAAUCAGUCAGCCAGAACACCAUGACACCACCAUGAGAGUGUAAACACAGACAUAUAUUCUCACACACAAUCUAUCACAUGGAUGCUGACAUAUAAUUACAUGUAAACACACACUUAUGCUUCUUCCCCUCUCCUGUAAUUGCUGUUUAGUGGGAUGUGUAGGGUCCCAUUGGGUUUUGUAGUAGAUUUAUGGAUCCAAAUUGGUAAUUAUUUACCACAAUAGUGUGGGGCUGGUUCUGCUUAAUUACAGCUGGCUAAUUGUUCCUGUUCUGUGGGUUCCAGCACGCUGCAUGAGCACUCUAUUCUGGACUAAUGAUAUGGAAUAAGAGACCCCAGCUGUAUGCAGCAACUCUCCUCCUCAUCCUCUCUCUAAUACUUCAUUUUAAAUCUCGACUGUCCCUCAUUUUUGCCCCUCGAAAACCACACUUUUUUUCACACGUCUUGAUUUCUCAAGACAUAACGUCUCAAGACGUAACAUACCGAGGAUCCUGACUCAUGCAUGCAUGCAUGCAGCAGCAGUAGCGAUCAGAUGUUAACAUCAGUAUUAAGUGUAAUAAACUUCAUCAACAGAGUCUCCACUAUUUAACAAAGAUCUGACAUAAAAUAACAGAGGGAAAAAUUUCUUACCUUCACUCUGUCAGUAUUAUCAGUCAUCCAGCUCCAACAGGUUACUGAUAUUAUUCCCGUUUACAUCCUGUUUGAAUCCCGCUUACAACCUCGCGGUCAGCCUCUCAUCCAUUCGUGUGAAAAAAAAAAAGUUUUUAGCGCUGUUUCUGGUCGGCCGGCUCAGUCGUUUAUUUCCUGGUCUUCCUCCACCGGGACACGAAACACGUCACGGUUCCGACACGGUGAGUAAGUCAUGGCCUGUGUGGACCUGUUGUCUGGACUCAGUACCAGGUCCAGCGAUGCUCCUCCUGUCGGCCUCUAUCAGGACACCUGAAGCUAAAUUGAGCUAAAAAGUUUUAUACACAAUGCAAAUGAAUGAAACGCGCUGACCACAAGAAACAGGAUGAAAGAUGCGAGAAAUGGAAUAUCGGUGGAUUAUUCAACUGUUGGAGCUGAGUGACUGAUAAUGCUGACUAGUUCAGACUCCAGAGUGAAGGUAAGAAAUAUUUCAUGAAGGUUUGAUCAGUUAUGUCUCUGCUCAGAUGUGUGGUGGACAGAGAUCAGAACGUUUUAUAUUUUUUGAGGUCACAUUUCCUCCCUUAUUUUAUGUCAGAUCUGUUAAACAGUGGUGUGGUGUAAUGAGCUGCUGUUGCUUGGUGAACACAGUUGUCUGUGUGGAUGAGAGGAGACAGGUGUGUUAAUGAGGGAGACUGGUGAUGAAGUUUAUACAGUUCAUACCGAUGUUUACAUCAGAUCGCUGCUUUGUGUGUGUGUGUGUGUGUGUGUGUGUGUGUGUGUGUGUGUGUGUGUGUGUGUGUGUGUGUGUCGUUGUAAAAGAUCCACAGUGUGUGAGCCUCUGUCCCUCUUGUCCUGCUUACUUGGUCGUUUAAGUGGCUGGGGCAAAAUAGUAGGAAACUUUAAUUGACAUUUGUCGUGCUGUGCAUGCAGCUUUUUGAUGAGGUAGGCUGUAAAUUGGUCUAUUUCCAACCGCUUGGGAGUACUACAUCUCCUUUGUACUAAUAGCCGGUAAACCCCCACCCCCACCCCCCUCCUGACAUGGUUGAGAACCACUAGUGUAGAUAAAAUAUGUUUUCUGAUGCUGAAAAUUUGGUCCAUGCCUUUGUCUCCCCUGGGCUAGACUACCGUUAGCUAGUCUCAUCAGGAUACAAGAUACAAGGCAUUCUGAAGCCCCAGUGCAUCUGCGACAAGAACUCUGAUGAGAGUGCACAAAAACAAACAUAUCACGCCCAUCUUUGCAUUUACCCCUCCUCCACCUCCACCUCCAACCCCCAUCCCCCGGACUACACUCACCACAGGAGAUUGGGAAUUCCAUUUUGUUGCUCCACGCUUGUAGAUUGCCCUCUUUGACCAUCCAGGGUUUCAACACUGAAUUUUCUAAAAAGAUCUUAAAAGGGCACUGAUAGCCAAGCUGUCUUGGCACGCCCGACACAUCUAGGCAGCUUGGAUCCCACCCUAUGGCCCCUUUCUUGCAUGUCAUUCUCCACUCUCUCCCGUAUCCUGCACCAUGAGUUGUCCUCCACCUAUCAGUGAAAACUGAAAAAGCCCCAACCUCUUUUUUUGUAUGUUGUAUAUUGUUUUUAAUCCCAUUUUUAAUCAGUUGGAUCAUAUAUGUUGUUCUUGUAUCCUUUUUCUUUUCUUUUUCCUGACUUUUUUUGCCUUAAUGUGGAGGGGACAGGAUAGUAAGAAGUGUCGGAAACAUGGAGAGAGAAUGAGAAGUGACAUAAGGGAAAGGAGCCAGGGGCAAACCUGGGCUGACCGACUCAAGGCAUAACCUCAGUACAUGGGGCGUCACCACAGAACACCAGGCCAGCCUUUUUUAUAUAUGCUUUAAUAAUGUGCCGUUUUUAUACCCCAUCUGUAGCACUUAAGAUUUGCUUUAAAUUGAAAGUGUGUCACAAAUGAAAUAUAUUUUUUUAUCAAUAUUAAUCAGCUGGUGCCAUUUUUCAGCCUUUUCUGUUGGGAUUAGCGGGUCUUUAAAUGGUGCAUCAUUUUAUAAUCAGUUAUUUUUAUACUCACCAUGAGGACAUAAUUGAGACUCAAACUCAGGAAUAGGCAUCUUAACUCGGACUGGUUUUUGACUUGAUCACUGAAGUCUUGAGUCUUGAGAUUGGGUGACUUGACUCCAACGCUGUCUCUGAUAGCUGUGUAGCAUUGUGAAGGCUGAGCCCUGCCUUUCUGAUCUCAUGACAUUUUCAUGACAGCAAGCUGUACCAGACACUACAGUCCUUACAAAAGAAAUGUCAAAUGAACUUUAGAAUCUUCUGCACUAAGUGUUUUCCAGUACCUUGUUUUCAUUAUGAAACAUUAACUGUCUCCUACAAUUUGGACAUUUUCCGUCUUCUCUCUGAGUCAGUCAACCUGCAGACUCUACCAUCCUGUUUCUGACUAUCUUCCCCUUCUCUCUCCUGCUUUCAGGGCUCAGUAACAUCAUAGGAAUUAUUGUAUAUAUCUCAGCCAACUCGGGGGACCCAGGCCAGAGCGACAGUAAAAAGUCCUACUCCUAUGGCUGGUCCUUCUACUUUGGCGCCCUCUCCUUCAUUAUGGCAGAGAUGGUGGGCGUGCUGGCCGUGCACAUGUUCAUCGAGAAGCACCGCAAACUGCGGGCAAAAUCCCGCACAGAGCUCAUCAAAAAGUCUGCCUUCAGCCGCAUCCCUUCUUAUCGCUACCGCUUUCGACGCCGCUCAAGCGUGCGCUCAUCUGAGGCCCCAAGCCGUGAUGCAUCACCUCUAGGUAAAGGUGGUUACACGGGGCCUGCUGCCUCAGAGAUGCCCAUGUAUACGCUGAACCCACGUGAGGUGGGAAACGCUGGCUCUAAACCUGGUGGUGGAGGGAUAGGCGGCCUUCUCAACUCAACUGAGAGGGAGUUUCUCCAGAGCAGCACACUCACUAAAGACUACAACAAGGACCCCAACCGCAGGACCACGCCCGUGUGAGAGGUGCAACUGCAGGAAUCAGCCAAUCAGUGUAUAAAAGAGGAGAACGGUUAUAAUGGGGACACACAGGGUUACGGGGAGGGGGAGGGGUUUGAUAAACUUCGACUGUGAACUGUGAACUUUUAGCCUUUGAACUGUUAAUCCUGAGCCCUGUGAGAGUUUCAGUGUGUGUAGCAGGGUCGGUUCUGAUGGAGAAGUUGUUCCUGACUCCACUUAACCACAUAUCACUGUAACGGUUCCUCUUGAUCCUUACAAAUGAAGGCACAUUUUAUUUAUUCUCAUAAAUUAACCUCACUUAGACUGGAAGAAUUUAAAAGCAUAUUGAAAGUGGUUUUCUGUUUGGGGCAACUUCUCCUGAAAUCUACAGAUAAUGUGAACUAAAAGGAGAGGAGGAAAAAGGUGAGACCCUGUGAUCUUUGACCUUUGACCUCUGGCCUCCUGUCUUUUUGAGCAUCAGCAGAGUUGCAUUAAUGCAAGGAUGCUGUCUCUUGAGCCCCUUUCACAGAUUUUCUUCAUUUCUGGAUAAUUUCAGGACAUUCAGGGAUGUUACUUUUACACAAAGCUUUCACCUCAGCGCUGGAGUUUCUCGCUGUUUAGGAAAGGAGGCUGGGGAGUUCAAUAGUUUCAACAAUAGUGGAUGGAAAAUUAAAAACUGCAAGUGAGCAGUAAAGAGCAUAAAGCUUUUCUCAGCAUAAAUCUCAUCACUCAUUUGCUCACAGUUAAAUUUGGGAAGUGGGAUCAUUUUGACACCAAAUAAAUAUUUUACCAAGAGGUUGUCAGUAAAAUUGUGCAUUUUCUGUUGAACAUGCACCAUACUUUGGAAAUGUCUGGAAGUCUUCAGCAGUGUGGUCCAUGUGUGAAAGGGGCUUCAGAGUAUGAUACUGUAUAAAGUAUGGAAGAUAACACUUCAGGAUUUAGGUCAAUUCAUUUUCAGUUCAUCUUGGAUCAAAAACAAACUGAAAAUGAAAUUCCAUUUAUGGAAGCACUUAUGUGGCACUUGUUUUUUUUUUCUAUCCAUAUUCUUUGUAAAUAUUUUCCUUUUAUAUUUAUUAAUUCAUCCUAGCUCACUUCAAAACUGAACUGAAACUGAAUUAAGCUCAUCCUGACCCCUUAUCUCUCUGCUGUUAAACCUUGAAAACUUUUUUUAAUGAAGGUAAAAGUUCGAUCAUUGGUGCUUCCUUUAACCCUGAUUUCUGUCACACGAGUCAUCUCUUUGUUUAUUUGAUAACCAAAGGAGAUGGUCAAAUAUUAGUCCUUUCAUGUGUGCGCCUUCGCUUGUCGCCUGUCACCUUUCACUUUUUCCUGUACAGCGUCAUACUUCACCUCACCUCACUGGCACCCUCUUCACAUCUCCUCCAUCUAUCCUCUCUGUCUGUUUGUCUCUCUCUAGAUCCCAUUGGUGUGAUAGACUAGUUAGGGUUUCUGGAGGUUGUUGGUUCAGGAGACCGCUGAGCUGUGAAUAAACUUAAAGGCAGAGCCAAAAGAUGUGAAAAAAUGGAUGGACAUAUUUUUCUUUGCUACCUCUUGGUAAAAAUUCUGCAGAUGAAGUCACAUAGAUGUUUUUCUUAGAAGAACAAAAUCUUUCCAAAUCUUAGAAAUCAAUCAAACACUGGAGUCAAAAGCAAACAUAUAUCUUCUCUUUUCUAAGAGGGAUCUGUUUGAAUUGAUCUAAAGGUAUAUAUAAUGAGUUGGAGGAAACUGGAGGACAUCCAGAGUUGUUUUUUAGUUUCGUGCUCCAUUUAUUAAGUAGUCUCUCACAACCUCUCCUCUUUAAAUCACAAUGGCACAUAAUGUAUCGAUCAUCAAAACACAGUCUUGUACCACAAACUGUUAAAAAAGAAGUGGAUGUAGUUCCAGUGACAACAUCCAUCGGUUUCUAAGGAGGCUUCAUGAGAUCCCAACAUCGUGAUCACCAUAUUGAAAAUACUGGCUCCAACUAGCUUUGUGUUAAUGUAGAAACUGGCAAAGAGAUGAACAAGUCCAUAGCCUGGCCAGCUUUCAUCUGCACAUAUGUCAACACCCAAAUUAUGCCUUAUGUGCAUAACUUUAACCCUCAAAAGAGUAAAGUGGAUUUAGAAAUCCACCUUCUUUAUGUGUGACAGCUGCAACAAAUAUAGAAACGAGGUAAGAAGACCAACAUUGAUUUUCUUUGUGCCGGGCAUUAUACACAUUUUAUUUUGUUGUAAAAAUCUGUAUUUGAUAUGGGCUUUAAUUGGGUUAUCCUUGACUUUUGGAGCCAGCUUCGAGUGGACACCUGAGGAACUGCAGUUUUUCUAGUUCUCAACUGUUUCAACAAGUUGUAUCACCAGAGGUUACUACUCGAUUUGUACAUAACCACUGGCAGAGAUGGACAUCUGAGCAGUUUCUAUAAAGGUAGAUUAUAGAGAUACAACAGCACAUUCAUAAUAAUGUGACUGUCCUGCUCUCUCACAUUAAUUAUAAAUGGAAUUUAUGGACUAAAAAGCUAACACUUUUUUCCUAGAUGUGUACUACCCUCAAUCUACUUGUGUAUUUCUGAGAGCUCUUAAGUGUUAAUUAAUGUUGCUCAUUCUCUUUGAGAGGUCUCAGACAUUAGUAGCUAUUAGAUAACUGCUUCUAAAUGCUUAAAGGAGGAGUUUUUAAUGUCUUUUUGUAAUCCUAGUUAUCCUAUUUGGUCAUUAACAAGAAUGCAACCUCCCUUAAAGUUUGACAGGUAAGAGGUAAACCUACUGAAAGGUAUACACUUCUUUUUCUGUCAAUAAGAGUCAAUGAACCAUUUUCACUUCACAACACACUGACUGAUCUUUACAGAGGUAAACAGGAGGAGGGGGAUGUGACAGAUAGAGACUGAGCUCAAAGAUGGAAGAAAAACACACUUUCCUUUUUCUCCAAAGCCACUGCACUGUUUUGUACAAACUAAACAUGACACGCCACUGAGCUGAGACAGUCACACCAUUACAUGGUGACCUUGAUAAUAAAAAUGUUUUUGAACCUCAGUCACUGUUUAAUUUAUGACGCUGCUGUUUUAUCUUAUGUCUUGGAUGCCAUAAAUGGAGCUUAAGGGGACAAACGUGUACAACCGCAGAUGAGCUCUCGCUGUCCUCCACGUGUAAAUAUUAAUUUUGCAAGCUAACUACAACAUCAGCAGUUGUCACGGACUGUGGAAGGGAAAAAACUGCUUUUCUCAAAGCAAGGGCUUUUAAUAUUUAAAGGACAGGAGCACACAAGGGCUUUUUAUGCUCAGCGUUGUGGCGUUGUCUUAAAGGGUGUUAUGUUCGGAGCCAAGGAAGGAAAGGCAAAGUACAUUUGCACAGGGACAAGAGUUUUUAAACCAGCUGAAUAGCUAACCAAGGAUAUAACACACUGAAGAGGGGCAGAGGAAAAGAAAACACAGGACUGAACUCCUCUGCUACAGGUUAGCUUAAGCCUUUUUGCUAACUUUAGCUUAGAUAGGUAACUUUCUGACAUAAUCAGUGAUUAAAAAUAUUGCCUUAGGCGCAGGUAGGAGACCAACUACUGGUUUAAAGUUCUUUGAGUUAUCUUAAGGAUUAAACAUGUAUUAGCUUAAUAUUGUUAAUCAUACUUGGUGCCAAAUAUUACUAGUAAAUGUAUCCUGUAGACCAUGGCCUCCAGGUUAGCUUCAGAUCAUGGGUUCACUUCUUUAAGUACUCUCUUCUCAAAGGUUUUCUUGCAGUUUAGUGACUCAAGAGAAGUAUCCAUGUAGCUCAGCACAUCAGAGGCCCCCAGGAUCCUGAGGGUCUGUUAGGGGUCAGAUUUCAGAACUGCAUCCAUGAGCCAUGUCAGCAUUGACCUCUUAUACCAUGCAUGCCAUAUCCAUCUGCUUCCAGAGCUAACACUUGCUGUAACCUCCAUUGAGUCUCAAAUAGCACCCUAACCUCUAAACUCUGGACCGCUACUUUCAAAAGACGCCUUACAAAGGGUGUGAGGGCCCAUAAGCCUGUGCUGUGUGUACUGAUGUUUACUCCAGUAGAGCACAGGGUGCUUUUUGAGACCUCUAUCUCUUCUUACCGCCAUACAGCUUUGAUACUCUGAUAUCAGCAACAGAUAACUGCAUAUUAUUAGUAAAAAAAAAAAAAAACUACUCUAAAGGUGCCACUGUGCAGAGGAUGAUACACUCUGUCACACAUAAUAGUUAUUAAUCUAUUACUAAGUGGGGGUUGAGCAGGGAGCAGAGUUGGGAAGCGGGAUUGUAGUCUUUGUAAUAAUCUAUUAUUCUAGUUUCAUUUUCUACUUUGAUGUGUUUUGUGAGAUUGUGUUUGUUUUGAUCACAUCUGAAGCCUCUGAGAUGAGGAGGAGACAGAGGAGUGCUCAGACGAUCUCUUGUGGACAUUAAGCUCACCUCACUGGUGCCGGAGGUCACUGAACACUGAGGACACUGAACACUGAUAUAUACAGUACAAAGUCAAAGGAGGGUUACUACACUUAUGAGGACUUAUAGAAUAAAUAAACUACAGCCAAAUUCUUAAAUAACUGAUAAAUCCCAGAAAUCCCACAAGACAAUACAUCCAGUGUUACGUUUAAACAUAGUUGUAGAGACUUACAGCGUUGAAAAGAAGCAGAAGAAGAACUUUAUUGAUCCCCGGAGAACCGGAGAGUUUAACACUGUGUUAAGCAAAGUGCUGUUUUUGUGCUACUGUGGAGCUCUUUUAAAUACCUCCCAUUUUCACCAUUCUGUAUGAAGAACUCAGUCUUAUGAAGUACAGACCCACUACCUACAACUGGUUCGCACCACCCACCCCUGGUCACUUAAAACUAAGGAGUGUCUUCCAUCAAACCAGCACUCAAGAAGAUUUAUUUAUCCAAUAGUAUACGAUAUUUUUCUUUAACUACAAUUACCAUUAGAUAGAUAGAUAGAUAGAUAGAUAGAUAGAUAGAUAGAUAGAUAGAUAGAUAGAUAGAUAGAUAGAUAGAACUGGCAGUAGUGUAGCGUUACAAAGGCACAGUAAACAGUGCAAAUGGAAGUAAACAGUGCAAAUGGAAAAAAAUAGUGUAAAAAAUGCAGUAGUCACAAUGAUGGGACACUUGAGGAAUUGUAGUUUUUUGGGCUCCUCCAAUGGCACUUUUUUUGACACUGGAGAAUUACUUUCUGCUAUAAACUCAAUCAACAUACCAAAGUGUGACAGAUAAAGAUAAUCAAGAAUGAAAAAUGAACAGGUAAAUGAGCAUAAUAGGUCCUCAUAAGUAUAGGAACACAGGAUGAGCAGCAGUACACUCACUCAUUGUACGUCUCAAACAUGCAACACACAUUCAUACAGUACACACUCACAGCUAAUGCUUUGCCUGGUGCCGUGUGGGGAAAUGUGUGUCAUGUGACAAGAAAAAUCACUGUGUCAUGUUUGGAUAAAAAAAAAAUCAUCCUAAGUGUUUUUAUGGAAGAAAAACUACAAACUGUAUCUGUCGCUGUUGUGUCGCUCCUCGAUGGAACUGCAAGUACACUGAGCCAGCUAAUCCAACAUGGAGGACCAGAAGAACUGUGUGAGACAUCUGAAUUCAAUGGAAAUUAUGUUAUGGUACGCAUGACUACACAAACACACACAAUCUCUCUCUCUCUCUCUCACAAACACACACACACACACACACACACACACACACACACACACACACACACACAAUGAAAUGUACAAGGUUACUGUGUGAGGAGGGCUUACUGGAAGAGUUAUGUGCCUGCAUGUUUGUGAGUUAGUGUGUGUGUGUGUGUGUGUGUGUGUGUGUGUGUGUGUGUGUGUGUGUGUGUGUGUGUGUGUGUGUGUGUGUGUGUGAGCAGUUAGCCUCUCCUCACCCAUGCACCCAGUGCCUGCCUGUCCUGCCUUCAGAAAGCUCCCAGAUCAGCCACGGGGGCUUCCAGUAUAACCUCUGCUGUGUUCCCACAACCUGUUAUGGUUGAACUGGGAUCAGUUUUGGAGCUGCCUGCGCCGAUCAUUUGUCAGCAGCCAUACAAGGUACUAGGACUGUUCCGGAGUCUGUGAUUUCUGGUUUCUUAAGAAAAGUGGGUUACUAAGACAGAAGUAAUAUUUUUCCUGGCUUGACUGUUGGCCCCUUAUUUUAAAACAGCUGUUCCUCAGACCUAACUUUUCUCUCUUCCUGCACAGCUGAUUCAGGAUCGGCAGAGGGGACUUAGCAGCAGAGUCAAUCAUCUAUUAGAUCCCUAAUGACAGCUGGUCUUGAAUCAGCAUUACUUGGUGUAGCCUGCUGGUCUGUGUUUUUUGAUCUUCCUAAAAGCAGCCACAUAAAAAGGGAAAUCUACAUUUUUAAGAGGUUGUCUAGACAGGCAUUGAGAUGACAGUAAUUCUCAUUCUGUGAUGAUAAAAGAGGUUUUCUAGCUUGUACUGCCAAAAAUAGAGCGUCUGUUAUUUGUAGGAAAUGAUACAAAGAGGGAGCAAUAGCAGGAGCAUUUCCAGAAGAGGCAGAAGGUGACACAGCCCCCUGAAAAUCUUCGGCCACCCCAAAAUCCUGAACUAUGAUUUUGAUAUUUGCUUUAUGAGAGGCAGGACUUGUGUUAAAAUCAGCAGUUUAGACAGUGUUGCAACAAACUACUGGUAGCUGUAGCACUUCAAUGUAGCAUAUUUGUCAGUACGCACAAGCUCAUAUGUAAAUGGUUUGCUUGUGUUGUAACAGAUUGAAAUCUAUAAUUACACUUUUUUUGUCCUACAAUAGCAAACCCAGGCCCUAAGGGACAAGACUGAUUUUUUUUUCUUUGUUUUAAUGCUUGUAUGUAAGAAUAUGUUUAUUUAUCAGCUUUGUAAUUAAAUGUUGUCAUCUUAGAGUCCCUUUAGUCUGCACAAAAAAUACUGACAGGUUGAUCUCUAACUAUUAAUAUUUCUAUUUGUUGGCUGAAAAUAGCAGUCAAAUGUUGUCUCAACUGUAAAGUAGCCAACCACCACUAGCCAAGGCUGUAGCUCUGGUUUUUUGCAACCGCUAUAAUUCUCCACUUAUUAAAUGUAAACAAGCACAGAUAACAGAUGGCGUUUUAUAGCACUGCAAUGUUUAUCUAUGAUUUGCUCAAGAAACUGGAAGUAAAGUUAUUGGGGUUGAGUCGGGUCACAGUGGUCAACGACUGUAACACAGGAAAUAUGGCAAACCAAUGUGAUACUAAUUACCCACAGACUCUGUAAUCUCAUUCAGUGUGUAAAUAAACUGUACACAGUUAGAGUUUAUUUACCUUUAGACUAACUUACUAGCAGGAAUUUUUUUUUGUUUGUUUUGUUUUGACAACCAGGAAAAUGGUUGCCGUCCGUAAGAAUAACCACCAACAGAGGCUGCUAAAACAGCCUUUGGCAUUUUAAACACAGCACACUCAGAUUUUCACGAUAAAAAGUCCUCAUCCACUGUGGUCACCAAAAUGCCCACAAACUGAAGGUUCCUGACAGGAACCUUAAAGUGGGACCAUGGAGCAUCUUUUUGUAGAGAUCUUUAGGAGCUCAGUUUAAAAGGUUUCUGUUGCCAUCAUCUUACUGUUUCAAAGAUUUUGUUAAACAUCUGUAAGCCACGUAAAUACUACCGUAGAUAUGAGUUGUGGCAUCAGAAUGGGUUAUAUGUAUUUGUGUAUAAACCUACACAUACGUCUUGCCACAGUGGUACAUGUUAUUAUCUAAGUUUGGCCACCCCAUUCAAAAAGUCUAGACACUUCUCAGGCAAAGCUCUCUGAAGCCACAAUAAAUAACAAGCAGCAGGAUUUCAAAACUUUGUCUGGCCUUGACACCCAUUUAGCCCAUUUUAGACUUCUGCUUACUACGCAGUUCCUUGUCUCUGUGUGCCAAACUUCUUCCCUUCAGCUUGAGAUUUUCUAACUGUCUUGCAUUUUAUGUGUAUUAUCUUGACAGGCAGUACAAAGUGAUUAAAAUGUGUUUCUGAUGGUUUUUGCCCCCAGCUCCAUGCUCUGAAAAUGUUGUUUACACACACACACACAUAUAUAUAAAUAUAUAUAUACUUUUUUUUUUUUUCAGACCAGAAAUGUUCAACAUUUAGCAGGGGUUGAGAGUUUUGCUCAGCAUCAGGUGGAUUCAAGCUCCCCCAAGCAUAAAAUGUUCAUGAGCAGCAGAAGCAGUACAUGUAAAAAGGUUUUUAUCUUCUUUAACAACUGUUUCUGACCAUGCUAGGAUUAUUUAAAUUCAUAUUUCCAGCUGAGUUACAUUCAAGUUCAAAGCAGCCUACUGGUACCACAGCAUUGUUUUAACAUUAGCAGUGUUCCUUAAGUGAGACCAUUAGGUUUGUAUUGGUAUGUAUUGAUAUUGCAGUGUGUGGCAGGUUUGUUGUGAGGACCCAGAAGCAGACACGGAAACAGAGAUAAACUUGAAGUGUAAUUUAAUGUCCAAACAAAAGGGGUAGAUAAUGCAAACGAGGAUGUCCGGUAGGCUGGUUGGCUGGCUGUCGUGUGGGCUGGAGACACUGCAGGAGAAACCAGAGGAGACGGGAGUUAUAGAACAUGAAAAGAGUCACGAGGAGCAAAGUUCUGGUACUGAUACAAACAAGGUCGACCAGGAGAAGCGUCUUUACCGCUAGGAAGGGUAGACAAUACUCAGGCGCUGAGACUGAGGGCUGCAGGCUUCUUAAAGUCCCUUGAUUGGAGAUGUGGAGCAGGUGUGUAGUCUCGCUCAGCCUCAGCGCCGGGGGAGGGGAGGAAGCUCUGGAAGAAAGUAAAGCCAGACAGGGAAACACAGGAAGUCCAGCCAAAAUAAAACAAGAUGAGGAGGCAUCUCACCACAGUACCCCCCCCCCCCCCCCUUAACGAACGCCUCUUGGCGUUCUGCCGGGCUUAUUGGGGUGAGCGACGUAGAAGUCCUCAAGGAGUUGGUGGUCCAGGAUGAGGGAGCGGGAGAUCCAGGAACGCUCCUCUGGACCGUACCCCUCCCAGUCCACAAGACAUUGGAAGCCUCGCCCCCGAGGCCGCACGUCCAGGAUCUUCCGUACAGUGAGGGCAGGGAGUUCGUCAAUCAACCGGGGGGGUGGAGGGGCGACGGAAGGAGGGCUCAGGGUGCACGACGUAACAGGUUUGUUGGAGGAGUGCCCCCGCUGUAGGACCUGGGAACGUGCAACCCCAAGGACAAAUGUUCUGUUUGGCGGGCCAGUUCCCGGGUCUGGGUGGUUCCGGAGGGCCUGGUCCACGAUGGUGUCGAUCUCCCAAGAGGUGGAGCCGACGACACAGGAGGCAGGGAGGAUGGUGUCUGGUUCACUGGGGUCCGGGGUAUCAGAGGAGUGGAUCCAAGAGAGGGCGUCUGGUUUGAGGUCACGGGAGCCGGGACGACAGGAGAUGGUGAAGGUGAAUCGGCGGAGGAAGAGGGACUAGCUGGCUUGCCUGGAGUUGAGGCGUCGAGAAGAAAGGAGGUGAUGAAGGUUUCUGUGGUUAGUCCAGAUGAGGAAUGGGUGUUGCGCUCCUUCCAGCCAGUGUCUCCAUCUUUGGAGUGCCCACACAACAGCCAGCAACUCACGGUUUCCCAUGUUGUACUUUCGUUCGGUGGGUGAGAAUUUCCGGAAGAAGUAGGCGCAAGGAUGGAGCUUCUGGGUCUCGGUAUCCCUCUGUGAGAGGAUGGCCCCCACUCCGGAGUCCGAGGCGUCGACCUCCACCAUGAACUGGAGAGAAGGAUCCGGGUGUCUGAGCACAGGGGGCGAGUGAAGGCAGUGAGAGUGGCAAUGAGGGCUCCAGGCGGAGAUUGACGCUGUGGACCAGUUGAUCUGGGGAUUGUGGAUCUGCAGCCACGGGAGUCCAAGCACCAGGGGAGAGUGAGGAGAGGGAAGCAGGAACAGCCGGAUGUCCUCCCGAUGGUUACUGGAGAGGAUGAGGGUGAGAGGAGCAGUGCAGUGGGUGAUAGAGGCUAUCACUCUGCCAUCGAGAGCGGUGACCUUACGGGGGACCAGGAGUUCCUCCAGGGGGAGCUGAAGUCGCGCUGCCAGUCCGGCAUGAAUGAAGUUAUCGUCCGCCCCGGAGUCAAUAAGAGUUUGGAGCGAGGUCGAGCCCUUCCCCCACAGGAGACAGGCAGGAACAGCGAUACGUCCGGGAGAGCUGGGAACAGAGGAGGUGUGGCUCUUCAGGGUGCCGACUGUCACUGAUGCCUGGCCCUUUGACUUAUUCAGGCAGUUGGCCAAAAAGUGACCGGCCUGGCCACAAUAAACACAGAGCUUUAGCUCUAUCCUCAGUCUCAGUGUCUGCAUCUGGGUGUAGUUUGGUGCGGCCGAUCUGCAUGGGUUCCUUGGCAGAGGGUGCCGGAUCUGGGAAGACUGAGGGCUGCAGAGGAGACCCGCUGACCGCAACAGAGGAAGGGGAGUCUAUACAAUGUACCGGGGAAUGAGUUUUCUUCUCCCUCCGUCUCUCCCUUAGGCGAUUAUCUAUUCUGAGGGCUAACGCUAUUAGCUCCUCAAGGGAGGAGGGCUCAUCUCGAGCCGCUAGCUCAUCUUUCAAUUGUUCAGAGAGGCCCAGAGUGAGUAUCCCUUUUAACUCGAGUUCCCCCCACCCACUCUCGGCCGCCACUGUACGGAACUCAAUGGAGUACUCCGCCACUGAACGAGAGCUCUGGGUGAGGGAAAACAACUGUUUGGUACACUCGGGGCCCUCGAGAGGAAAAUCAAAUAUCUUCCGGAGCUCCUCUGAGAAUAGGGCGUAAGAGGAGAACAUAGGUGAUUCCCUAUCCCAGACGGCCAUAGCCCACUUAGCGGCUCUACCUCUCAACAGAUUUAUUGUGUAAGCUAUUUUAGACCAAUCUGAGGGGUAACUAAUGGGCUGUUGGUCAAAUACUAAGGCGCAGCGGAGCAGGAAACCUCUGCAGCCCCCAAUCUCCCCGGCAUACGGCUCAGGAGGAGGGACAUAGGGCUCUUUGAGGACAGGAGAGGGUGAAGAGGAGGCCGUACUCACAGAGGGGGGAGACCCAGAUUGCUGCGGGGGUAGCCGGGAGAGGAGUUGAUCCGCCAGUUGCGCUAUUUGAACGGUGAGGCCCUGAAAGGCUUGGUUGAGGCCCUGGAGCAUGUCCUCAUGUUGACCGAGGCGAAGUCCGAGCUUUUGGAUGGCUUGCUGGUCUCUGUCUGGGUCUGCUGGGUCCAUUUUCCUGGCCUGGCCUAUUCUGUAGUGUGUGGCAGGUUUGUUGUGAGGACCCAGAAGCAGACACGGAAACAGAGAUAAACUUGAAGUGUAAUUUAAUGUCCAAACAAAAGGGGUAGAUAAUGCAAACGAGGAUGUCCGGUAGGCUGGUUGGCUGGCUGUCGUGUGGGCUGGAGACACUGCAGGAGAAACCAGAGGAGACGGGAGUUAUAGAACAUGAAAAGAGUCAUGAGGAGCAAAGUUCUGGUACUGAUACAAACAAGGUCGGCCAGGAGAAGCGUCUUUACCGCUAGGAAGGGUAGACAAUACUCAGGUGCUGAGACUGAGGGCUGCAGGCUUCUUAAAGUCCCUUGAUUGGAGAUGUGGAGCAGGUGUGUAGUCUCGCUCAGCCUCAGCGCCGGGGGAGGGGAGGAAGCUCUGGAAGAAAGUAAAGCCAGACCAGGCAGACAGGGAAACACAGGAAGUCCAGCCAAAAUAAAACAAGAUGAGGAGGCAUCUCACCACAGAUAUGCUUGGUUCAGACUAGGUGAGAUGCUUUUAAAAUGAUGACGCUCCAGCCAGUAUGAGCAGUACUGUAUGUUUGAGUUAAUUAAUUGCACAGAAAGUUCACAGUUGGACUCUUUCGUGAUAAUCUUUUUGCGAUUUUUUAAAAACUGACUCCCAAGAAAGUCCAUAACAAAGUCUAGGUCAUUGUAAGUUCAUUGUAAGAAGCAUUGGUAAAUCAAGCCCAAAUUGCUUAUGUUAGCCAAGUCAUUACUAGCAUUUUACAAUUAUUAAAACAAGGUUUUUAAGCCUCACAGUGCAAUACAGAUUUUUCUAGUAUUUACAAUAAUAUAUAAGACUUCUGAAGGUGUCAGCGUUACAUGGGUGUAACCUGACUUUGUCCAUUUAAAAAUUGACCUGAGGACUGUUACAAUCAAAAGCCAGACUGCAAUCUCAGGAGACAGAAUGUAAAAGUGAAGAUUUUAAUUUUUUAUGUUUUUCUCAGAGGGUUUUGGGUUUUCAUUUAUGCAGUGUACAGCAGCAGAGAUGAAAAAAACCCCACAGAAACAGAGAGAAGGAUCAAGAAUAUCUGGGUGGCAAAGCAGAAGUUUAUCAUUAUGUCUUCUAUUAAUGCUAAGUGUAGCAACAGCAAAAGUCAUAACUUUUAUUUUGUCAGGGAGAGUUUAUUGCCGGCAUUGUAGCAGUUUGCUUUUACGUGAAACUUUUUAGAUGGAGAUCAGAAAGAUAAACAGCAACUGAUUGUUCCUGUUUCUGUUUUAGUCUAAUGAAAAAUGAAAUUUCAAGACUAGAAACAAACAUGCAGCUGGAACCUGAAGUAGCAUUAGCCACUACGUCCCAAAUGAAAUGUGAGCUGUAAUUUUCAAUCACUCAAAACCAUAGUGAGGGGUGGUACAUGUUGAGAGGAUUUUGAAAUCUGUGUUAAUGGGCAGCUUUUUAUUAUCCUGCUCCAUUACUCUGAGGCCAAGCCCACAGUCCUCUGCAAACUCACACACACACACACACACACACACACACACACACACACACACACACACACACACACACACACACACACAGAGAAAACAUACUGGCACUCAAAUCUCUCAAUACAUUAGCGCUUCGACUGUAUAACUCUCACAGCUUAUACACACACACAGGUGUACACACACACACACACACAGACACACACACACACACACACACACACACACACACACACACACACACACACAUACAUUGCUGCCAGCCAGAUUACAAUACACUUUCUAAUGUAAACCUCCAACGAACAGCAGUCUGACAUGGACACUUGCUGUGAAUAAAAGCACACUUUUACUUACAUGAUAUAAAUAUGAUUACCUAUAUCUAGAGAGAAAGAAUAUUAUAUACAGUAUGAUAAUUAGAAAAUAAAGAGUCACCUUUUCAAAGUGCUUGUGUUGAGUUCAUUUUGUGUUUGACUGUGUAGGUGCUUGAUAUUUAGCUGUUGAAUCCGCCCUUGCAUGCUGCACACACAGAUAAAAAAAAUAAUUUAUUUACAGUUUUUUCCAACACACAAUCUUGCAAACGAGUGUGGUUUUAUCAAAAUACACAAUUUACAAAACCACACACCCAAACUACAAAAUACUUCUUAUAGCCUGCAAAUGAAGCACUGCAACAAAAACUGCAUAUAGCAUUGCCAAAAACAAACUUUUGCACCAAGUGGCACACACUUCAUGCAUAUUACCAGAUUGUUGUAUAACCAAAUACAAACUGUUGGGCAUAAUGUAAACCAUUCCCAUCUUUAGUAUGCUUGCCAUAAUAUGUAGAAAACUGUAGAAAAUUCUUCAGAUUGUUCAUAUGCACAGAAAUAUUUGCAAUUGCACUCAUGCUUUUGAAAUAUUUUGGUGUUCCCCAAACAGGACAGUGCAACAUAUGCACAGCAGAUUUUUACAUUGGAAUGAACAAGAAAAUGCUCACAAAAAACAAAACAAAAAAAAACAGUAAACUGAAAAAGAAAAUUGCAGAAAAAAAAUAUAGGCAACAAAAAUAAUUAGGCAGCAUCUUGCCACUCAGCUGGGUUUGGCCACAACGCCUUGUCCACAUCACAGGCAAUAUCUUCCCUUGCCAGGCAUCCAGGGAAGAAGCGCCUUGAGUACCCUAUCCAUACCUGAAUCGCACCCACAUUAAUUUCAUCACACGCCUCUUCCAUAGCCUGGACAAAAGGAAUGAGCACAUAGGGCUGCCGGUCAUAUACUUUCCAUCGCCAAGCCGAAAAGAACUCUUCUAUCAGGUUCAGAAAUGGUGAGUAUGGUGGGAGGUAUUGCACAAGAAACAGUGGGUGGUCACCAAACCAAUUUUGAGCGGGGGCUGCACGAUGAAAGCUCACAUUGUCCCAUACCUACAACGUACCAGUUUCUUUGAUAGUCUGCAUCAUUCAUACGCUCUAGUGGUAUGAUAAUAUUGUGGAGUCUGUCCAGAAAUGUGAGAAUAUGGGCUGUGUUGUAUUGUCCAAGGUGUUGCCAAUGAUGUUUCUUCCCCUUCUUCUGGUCUUUGAUGGGUUGAAGCCAGCCUCAUCUGUGAAGAUGAAGUUAUGUGGGAUUGCAUGAGCAUCCAUUUCCAUUUUCCUGAAAACAAAGAACAAAAAGUCAAUAUGGUGUUAUCCAGUGCACAGGAAAACAUAUUGCAUGUAGUGUACUUCAGUCAAUAUUGUACUUCCAUCCACAUAUGCGCGUCUGAGAUCUUUGUUUCUUAGAGAAUUUCUCUCAAAAGGCAGCUUAUAAAGUUGUAUCAGUCUGAUUUGGUUUCCCUUGAGAGUGGGAGCCAAUGUGGACAGACUAACUCAUUGAAUGUUGUUGAAUAUGGUAUUAUGGUAUUGGUAUUUCCAAAACCAAGUUUACAAUGGCAGCUUCCUGUGCCCCAGUGAACAUUCGGCCCCUUCCUCCACCAUGGUUGCGUCUCUCAGUCCUUUAGAAAAAUGGAAAAAAAAACAUAUAUAUAUAGGGCUUGGACAAUGUAGCCUUAAGAUAUUUCCCCAACAGAAGAGUAACAUCAGCCAUUCAUGAAAUCAACAGGUGUCACCUAACUGAUACACUAUGACAUGGGGUUUAUUGCAUAGUAAGAAGAAAGAAAUUUUGGUUACAUACCUGUGCUACAGUCUAAAUGUCCGGAUGACAGAGGCCACAGUAAAAUGGCUCAAAACAGGCUGCACUCUCUGUCCAGCUUCUCACAUUGUCAGCCCAUGGUUGAUGACAUGAUCAACUAAGGUUGCUCUAAUUUCAUUUGAGUUGUUGUCUUCUUUGGCCAUGAAAUCCUCUACCGACUCUACUCCUACCUCUCACUCUUCCUCCCCCUCUCAUUCUCACCCUCCCUCUUACUCUUACUCUCUCUACAGCAUCUUCCAUAGUUGUUGUAAAAGAAAGAGGUGGUCUUUUUAAAGUGCUUAUUUCCUGAUUGAAGUGUUAUACAGUGUUAACAAUUAAGCAUUCAGGUAUUUGGCCAGGUGGCAUUUGGUGCCAUUUGAAUUGCAAAAUGUGUGUGAAGCAGAAAAUGUGUUCAGACUUUUGGAGACGUAUGAGGAGGUUUUGCUCUCUGUGUGUCAGUUAAAAUAAUUGUGAUAUGGAUGUCAUUUUAGUGUGUUAGAAAUUGGAAAAAUCUGUAAUAAGCAGUCUCUUCACCACACUAAUCUUUAUAAGCAUGAUGACCACAUGAAACAGUUGUUCUGUACCAAUACUGGUAUUAAGAAUAUAUUUGAUAUAUAUUUUAAUAUUCCUUGAUGAUCCAGUUUUGGUAGGUACCAAGUAGAUACCAUAAUUCAUGACCCAUGAAUUACAAAUAGCUAUAAAUCAUUUCUUAGAACAUCAAUGAGAACUUUUUUGACAUCUAUGAAAUACAGUGAAAUUCAAAUUGAA